CGAGUUUGGGGUCAAGAGCUGUUUCUGGAGUUGAAAUCAGAUGAUAGAAAUAGAGCAGACAUUUUCAGAAGCAGUGGAAAUAAUGUCUGCUGUAUAUAUUCUUACACUCUGGCCUCUAGUUCUGAGCUGGGUCUGCGAAAAGAGGGAUUGUGAGAUGUUCUCUUCUCUUCCUGCCAGGAAGUUUGGGACGGAUUUGCCCCCCUGAUUGUCCCAACAGGGCGGUGUAAUUUUUACGGAUUUCCUGGUCAGCUGACACAACUCUGCGACUGCUUCGGAGCAAAAACGAACAAAUGAGAAAACCAGGUUUCUUUCCUGUUUUAAUAUAUUCUGACUUGAUGAAGAAAUGACAGACACAUUGGGGUGAAUCUGACCAGAGAGAGGGUCAAAGGUUAAACCAUGAGGAGUCAGAACAAUAGCAGGAAGCAGACAGAUGUUAUGUGUGCAGCACUGCUCUGGGGUUUCUGUCUUGCUCACUGGAUCCCCAGGAGUUGAUUUUGUACAUAUUAACAACACAACAAUUAAAUAACAACUUAAGACAAGAUUUACAUCCACGUAUCAGAACCAUAACUGAUAAUGUGACUCCGGCUGGAGCAAAUAAAUGACUAAGUCGUCCAGUAGAAAACUGAAGCUGCUCACAGAAGGAGCUCCUGAGUCCAUUAAAACCAGCCUGCAAAGAAUUGCCUCCACAUCAUGAAGAGUAGUGCGUGUCCAUCUGUAAAAUGCAUGAUGCUACUUUUGCAACCUAUGCACUCACAUGAAGUAGGGAUUGUGGUUUAGUCUUCAACAGGUAUUUACAGCUAACUUGUCUAAGCUUGUAAAUUAAUGUCUGAGUCACGUCUUUCUGUUUAUUUGUGAGUUGUGCAAGCCAGAUGAGUAAAAACCUGCAGGACUCCUCAUGGAAAAAGAACACAGAUUUGAUAAGAAAUCCUCAAAGUAACUCUCGUUUGGAGUGCCUGAAAUUCUUUCAUAAGAAUGUAUCAUCUUGUUUGUCCAGCACAUGCAUGAAGAAUUUGCAGCAAAAAAGUCUCCUAAGACGUCUCCUUGAUGGAUAAGGUUAUUCAGUUAUGACCACUACAGCCCAGAAAACAUGACAGUAUCCUCCAAAUUGUCACCUUACUGUGGAGAAAAUCAGAUGCACUGCAAUUGAGGUUGUUGUUCGAGAGGAGAGAAGUCAGUCAGGCCCUCAUGGGGGCACUUCCAGCUCCAAAAUGGAUUUUGGUUUUAAUAAAGGCUGACCAACGUCUUGAGAAAGUGCUACUUCUGCUAUACCUUGCUCUGUACUCGUGCUUUUACCCUGGUGCUGCUGCUGUUCCUGCCAGGGAGGAAUUGGUAGGAGGAGAUGACCUCUGAUGGGAGGUUCCCAGUAUGCCAGUUUCUGUUUUUUCUGUCUGCCUAGAUUAGAGAGGAAAAGACGUGACGCCUGUAGACGUUCCAGCCUCUCUGACCGCUCUGUGCUUCGCUGGGAGUUAUUUUGUUAGGUUUAAUGUGUUUGUGAGCAGCCGUUUAUCUGGGAUUGUUGCCUUUGUGGUGAAAAUAAGUGAAGAGCAGUGAUUAUGAUACAAAAAUGUAGGAAUCUAUUCUGCUGUUUUAAUUAUUUACUCGCUGAAUAGAUCAAUAUUUCCAGGCUCUUGCUUUCAUAUUUCUUGCAAGUGUCACUGCUGGAUUACGUGUCUAUUGUCCUCUAGUAGUUUUGUUCUUCCUCACACAGGAUGUUGUUAUCUGUGUGUUUUUCCUGCGUUUAAAAAGCAGUGUGUUUUCAAGGUUCAGACUAGAUGUGAGAAGAGAAAGCUGACGUGAAGACCGAGCACUGCCUGAAUACAUUCCUCAACUUUAUCAGUGGAUUUUUUUUUCUACCGGCUGAGGAGGGCACUGGGCUGGUGGAUUUAAUCCCCCCCUUGGAUGUGACACCUAGAGCCAUGCUGCUGCUACUGUUCCUGUUGGUGCUCUGCCUGCAAACUUCACUGCAGGAACAGGUAAGACACCUCCGACUUUACGGUCUGUCAAAUGCAGAUACACUCACAGAUUUUCUUCAAGAUGAUUGGCUGGUCAGAUUAAAAUCGUUUGCCAUUGUUGGUCACAUAAUGGGAACUUUUUGGAUCACGUGGACUCUGCCACGGCUUUCUGCAGCAAGUAAAACUCUAGAUUGAAUUUCUUUUUGCAUUAAAACAUCAAUAACUGCCUUUCCUUACAAAGAUCCCCAACACAAUGGAACAUUUAAAGAGUACUACAAUUAAACUGUUAAAAGAGAGUUGAAAAAGUUUAGAGAUUUGUAAGGAACAUAAAAAUAUAAGGAAGUACGAAUAAAGGGUACGACAUGACACGGGAAAAUGCAGAAAGAGGGAUGGAUAGAUGCAGAUUGACAGGCAGACAUAAAACUAUGAUAAUAGUUCAACAAACAUUGGGUAUCUUUGACAUAUCCAGAUUUAUUGAUUGAGGGGAUCACACUAAACGACCCUGUGGAGCUGGUUAACAAACCAAUUUAUGUCAUGCUGUUUCAUUUAAUUCAAUGUAUUUGUCCCCAAUGCAGUUAAAAGGCCUUGGUGCACAAAAAUAGUUGUGUAAUGAAUGAAUAGUGCAUGAAUUAAUGGUUGUAGAGCAAAUGUAACAAUAGUAGGCCUACCGGGAAAAUAGAACAAAUAUGUAACCAGUAUAAUCAACAAAAAAACUCUGUACAGUAGAGUUUUAAAUGUUUUUAGUUUGAGACCAACAACAACUGAGUGUCAGAUGUAGUCAGACUCAAAAAGGGGUCCUGCUGUUGUUCAGCCUUGUUAGAAUAACACCAGGCCUCAGCUGAUCCAGCCACAGAGUAAAAGUUGACUGCUUCAUGUUGCUGCCUUUCGUUAUCAGUGAAGUAAUUCAAGCUUCUCCUCUAACUACUUCUUUUUUAGGUCUCCGAUGAUCUUGUCCUGAUUAACUAUUUCCAAUGAUCAUACAUGGCCUUUGAGUAGUGAAACAGUUUGUGUUUGAAGAUGUGCACAUGCUUCAAUGUUUAUAUAUUUUAUAUAUUUUAUAAUGUUAAUUCAGUAAUACUUCUGCUCAUGUCCUUGAACCCCUGCUAUGACCAUCUCUUAUGCUCUAAGCACUCCUGAAAGUGAAUGUUUAAAUCAAAUCUGCAGUGCUAUCUGCAUAUUUGAGCUGGAAAUUACAGCGAUAUGUUUAGUAACAUGAAGAUAAAGUGGUGUCAUGUUAUUAUCCCUCAGACUGCUCCUCCUGGUCGGUGUGAUAUCCAACAGAGGAUGGACAUUUAUACCCCCUGCACCUCCUGUGCCGCAGUCACCACCAGCAGCUGCCCCCACGGUUUUAGCAAAGUAGGCACGACCACCUGCAGGUAGGAGCAAGAUUAUAUAGAAUCAGAAAGCAGCCAUAUAUACAUAACCCCCAUAAAUGUGUCAUAAAUGAGUCACCAAUAUUAUAAAAAGUGGGUUUUUAGUUUGACUUGUGGAAUGUGAUGUGAACGAGACUGUUUCCUCACCUGAUGUUUACUCUGUGUUGCAGUUAUGUGGUGCAGAUUGGUGGUAGGGAUGUGGAGCUCUCUGGAUGUAGACAUGACUGUGCAAAGAGUUUCAUGCACCCCGUUUGCUGCUCUCAGCACUGGGGACCACUGUGUCUAGGUAACACAUACACAGACACGCAAAGUUUUAUUUGUAACCACCAAAUUAACUCAAAGAUACACUCAAUGAAUCUAAAAUCACUUGAGACUGAGCCUUUAUAACAACGGCUUGGGUUUUAUUCCAGCCUCAGACUUUUGUUGCAUGUCAUCCUACCUUUCUCUCUCCUCUGUUUCUGCUGCAUGUCUUCAGCACCAUGAAAGAAAGCACAUAAAAAAAUCCGCCCAUUGUGAGUUUAACAUGAAUUUUACUCUUUACCAUAGACUCACCACAGACAUAGAAUCAUUCAUUGCUUAUGAGCUGCGCCUGAUAAUUAUAUGUUGUAUUGGGUCCAUCUAUAGCUGGAUAUAAGUGAAUGACUGGCUUUGUGUUUUAUCAUGGCUAAAGAAGUUUCCCUGCUCUGUACAGCAGGUUAAAGUUGAAGUGUGUAACCACUGAAAUCUGUUACUGCUCUGAAGUUCAGAGUAGUUUGUUUGUGGAUUAAGAUGCUGUCAGAUACCAGAUACAACUGUUACUUAAUGUCAGUGAUUAUCGGUCAUAGGGAAUAAACAUUCGCCCACCUGAACUCCUGUCAGUAAAUCUCCUCUCCCACAGCUUUUGUGCCGUCAGCUGUGUGAUGCCGUCCGUCAGCUGUGUUUGAUGAUGUCUGGUCUAUUACCAAACCGCUGCUCACAGCUUGCUGUUGAUUUCACCUAACUUCUUGAUUUCGAUCAAACACAGACAUAAACUACUCCUUAGGUUGAGGGAUAAAGUGUAUUAUGUAAUGUUUUCAGUCCUGACAAAACAAUCCCUCAUUAUAUCUGCAGCCCCCUCCUGUAUGCAUUCUCCCUCCAUUCUCCUUGCUUUUGCUCUUGUUCCUUACUUGAACCUCUAACACACAUAUGUCAGAGUCAAGGCCCGCGGGCCAAAUCCGGCCCGCGAGAAGGUUUUUUACGGCCCCUGGGAUGAUCUUGAUUUAUUAUUAGAACCGGCCCGCAGACCGCAGCAAGCCGGCAGCCCGCAGAUCUUUUACACGCACCAAUACUACAUUUCCCACAAUGCAACGGUGACGCACCGAGCAGUAGGCUUAUUAGCACAGCAGUCGUCAGCAUAACAGUAAAAUUAACUUUCAGAUACCCAUCAAAAAUGCAUGUUACUUCUCCUUGAAGAAAGUGUUGUUUUUGAUUAAUAGAUUUUUGCACUUUAUUUUAUUGUAUUUCAAUCCAAUUAUAUUUUUAAAAUAUUUCAGUUGAGUGGAUGAUAGAAAAUUGCUAUUAUUUUUUUUUUCUUUGAAGUAAAUUUAGCCCACUUUUGCUAAAAUAGAAAAUAUAGGCUACUGAUGGUGCCUUGAAUAAUACCGGUUUCUUUCAUUUAAUGUUCAUGUUAUGGGGAUUUUUAUAUAAAGGAAAUUUGUCUUUUGUGUCUGUUGAAAAUUAAAGAUUACUGACAGAGCCAUAAGAAAAUAUUGCUUUAUUUAUCUGAUCAUAUUGGAAUAUAUUUGUUAGGUUUUCAGUAGGUUCAAUUAGGUUCACUAGACUAUAUGCGUCAUUUAAAAAAUUUUCAAUGAACAUUCGAUCAGUCCGGCCCUCGGCUUGUAGCAAAAUUUUUUAUUUGGCCCUCCGUCAAUUUGACUUCGACACCCCUGCUCUAACAGAUCAAUGAUUGCCAUGACACAUCAGCCUCUGAGAUUGCCGAUGUGGCAUGGGUGCCUUGGACAAAAGCAAAAUGCCCUCUGUUCACCCUUCUGUCUGCUUGUCCUUCUGUGUGACUGCAGCUUGUCCCAGCUGGUCAGGGAAGACCUGCAACUACCAUGGAACCUGUCAGGACGGAGACCUUGGUAAUGGAACCUGUGUCUGUGAUGUGAGUAUCCUGUCUCUCUGGUUGUGUCUCUCUCUCUCUCUCUUUGAGUGUCCUUCUAGUUUGAAAAAGAGUUCAGAGAUCGAUAUUGUCAAUGUAUUUAUAAUGGACUGUGCCCUUGGAUAAACCUCACGAUUUAGUGACUUCUGCUAAAUCCUCUCAGUGUCAGCCUGCAUGUUUAACAGGAGUCUGAAAGUGUUUGCUCUGUGUUGUUGUGAGUGGUAUUUUUAAUGUAUUUCUAUCUGUAGGAUGGCUUCUCAGGUUUUGCCUGUCAAGAGUGCAAGAAUCCAAAUGUUUAUGGAGAAAAGUGUGAUAAAGGUACACUCUCUCACUUCUUAGCCACUUCUGGGGGAAAUGUUUUCAUGAACUAGAGUCUGAAUCUAAGAAUGAAAAAAACAGGGGAAAAAAAAAUCGAAUAUAACAAACCCCUGCAAGUUUAACCGCUGCGGGAACAUUCUGCCAUUGUCAAUAAAGACUUGACUCUCUGUUUGUGUGUGCACAGAGUGUGACUGCAAUCCACGGCGUGUGCAAUAAAGGCCCAGAGGGUGAUGGACAGUGUUUGUGUCAGCCACCGUACACUGGGAAACGGUGUGACCAAGGUAAGACUUUGACCCCUCUCAACUUUUGUAGCAUUAGUUAUCAUAAACCAAGUAACUGCAAACCUUAGUGAUAAACCAUGACCUUUAUUUGCUUUUACUGUUGGGUUACCAGGCCUUUACUUAAAACAAGUUUGCAUUAGAGGCAGGCUUUCAUAUCAUGCUCUCCCUGUCAAUGAAGUAUGCAAUAAUUGUUCUUAUAGAUGUAUAAAAUCAAGGCCCAAAAUUAGCAAAGGGGUCGUGUUGCUUUUGCAUACACUAACCUGUUCAGAAGAUCAAAAAGACAUUCAAUUCUCAAUAUACUACACACCAAGCUGCAAGCCAAAUAGAGCUGUUGUGUUACUGCAUUGUCUCUGUUUCUUAAAAUGAGUGUUUAUGCAUUCAUGCCUCUACCUAUAUAAAUGGGUCUCAUUGCAAAAAUAAGCACAGAAUUCUUCACUAAUCCCAGCACUUAAAGCUUUGCACAGUUUAGAGGGAAUUUUUAAACCCCUGCUGAGAGCUGGUAGCAAUAGUGGUACGGCAUCUAUAAGUGUUAUCUCUCCUCAUACUCUUCAGUGAUCAUGACAGUUUCAUCUCUGAAUAUAUAUCUGUACAAAAAGUCUCUUAAUGUUGCUUUGCUAUUGCUGUUAAUGUGCAGGAUGUUCAAGUGUUCUUGCUGUAAACCACAGUUUUUUUCUAUGACAGUGGCGCCAGGUAACAGGUGCAGUAACUGCAGCCCGUACUCGUACUGCAAAGGAGAAGGAGGGGACGCCGUCUGUGAAUGUUUGCCUGGACAUAAGAAGAUGCCACAGGGCAAAUGUGCAAGUAAAGACUCAGAAUUAUGGUCACCUCAGAAUUCUUUGUUUUAUUCAAUUUUCAAAAGAAUUCAACAACAUUGUCACCCCCUAAACUAUACUGAAUUCUUCUGAUUCACGACAAGCAGGGAAAGGGUUAAAUGCCCCGACAAACUGUGCUGCAGGACAAAUAGUAUCUCUGUGCUCCACUGAUAUUUGCAUCACUGGAGCAAAGUAUUUAAAGAAGUCAUAAUACAUACUAUUGUUUUCCUGUUCAGGUUUUUGCUCAGGGAGGGACUGUGAUGUCAAUGCCCAGUGCUCUGCACAGGGGUCAAAGGUCAGCUGUGCCUGUAAGCCUGACUACCAGGGAGACGGCAAGAUCUGCAUCCCCAAAAAUCCUUGCUCUGAAAACAACGGGGGGUGUCCCAUUAACUCCACCAUCUGUGUCUUCAAAGGACCCAACAAGGUUAGACCUGGACCAGGACCAGUUUGAGGACAGUGUGUACAACAAGGCUUGUUCUCGACUAGAACCAGAAGAAGGAUAAACAUCAAUGUAGUGAAUACAGAUACUUGAUAGGAGAACAGAAGCGCAGAAACAAAUCAAGACCACAUCCUGAAACUUUAACUUUAACCCAUCUCUCUUUUCUUUUCAGUCCAGCUGUGAGUGUAUGUCCGGCAUGACCCCCAUAGGUGGCAAUGCUGCGUUUGGAUGUCAGCUGAUCUCCACUUGCUCAGUACAUUCCUGUGACCUCUCAGCUACCUGUCAACCUGGACUGGAUGGAAAGCCAAUGUAACACACUUUUUCUUGUAUAUUGUUCCCAUGAACCAGAACCGGAUGAAAAACAGAGGCAGACUCCGAUCCACUUUCUUUACCUAUCCUCAUCCCUUCAGCUGAAGUUAGAGUUUAGAUCAGUAUUAUUGAAUGUAGAGUUAGGUUUAUUAUCAGUCAAAAAAAACAAAAACAAAAAAAAAUGGUCUAGCUAGGACAAACGCUUCUUCUAAAGGCGGAUCCUCAAAGACAUGAACUAAAUUGGGAGCCAGAACUAGAGCUGGGAUUUGAAAUAAACCAAAAGUCAGGGUGAACCAGGUGUAAAAUCAGCCAACAGUAACACUGAGGGAUUCUUGCUAAAAAACCUCCUCAUAGUUUGUCCUGUUUGUUCUUUUCUCAUGGAGUGAUUUGUACCUUGGCAUCACGAGUCCCCGUCUUUUCCAGAUGUGUGUGUGAAGCCGACCAGAUUGGUGAUGGCCAACGUUGUUUUGGCAACUUGUUGGAGCGGCUGAUAGAGCUGGAUAGGAGAGGAAGACAGACGGGGAAUCUGACCGGAGCUGUUGCACUGUUUGGUAAUUCCUCAUGUACUGCCACACAACAGCAGUGGGGAUCACUGGCUUAUCAGAAAUUUACCAAAUUAGAUAAUAAGAUAUGGAUUGAAGGCGUUUGAAUUUCUUAUUUAUGAAAGAACCAUGGGACCAAAAUUGAAUUUACAUCAGUUAAAUGAGCAGUAAUGUGAAUAUGUUUCAGUUACUUAUCCAGGUGGAAAAUAUUUGACAGAUCUUAUUUUGAAGUCCAAAGAAAUUGUGUGAAAAGGACAAAUAGUUUUUGUCUUGAUCCCUUUAUUUGCUGUAACCUCUGACCUCUGGUAUGUAUCUGUCUCUGUCUUUUAGAAAAAGGUUGUUCACCACUGCUGAGUCAUAACGGACCCUUCACAGCUUUCAUCCCAUUACUGAGGACACCCCUCACAGUAGGUCGUCAGUAUUUUCAGGGUUUCUCAGUUGUCGAUAAAAUAGAUUUAUAUGAAGGACGUUGGCUGAAUGAAAUCAGUGUUUUGGUCCAUGUGUCCAAAAAGGUUUGAAGAAAUAAAGAUGAGAAACAAAACCUAUCAACGGAGUUGCCAAACAAGUGUAAUCUGAAGCUGAAUGUGGAGCACACAGUAGUGUUAUAAUGCUGUGAUUUCAAACUAAAACUAUUUGCCCGUUGAUCGUGUUUUCUCUUUUUGUAAUUCUCCUUGGUCAUAUCCUGCAAAUUUUGAUUAUGUACAGCUAUGAUUUAGACAUCUCUCAAAAGACAAGGCAUAGACAGCACCUCUUUAAUGAUUGUCAAAUAGUCAAAUAAUGUGUAACAGAUUGUCAGAUUUUUGAUGUGCUCUCCCUAAACUGUCACUGCAGGGUGUCAAUGAGGAGCAGGUGUGUAAAAACCACCUCAUCAUGGGCCAGCAUCUGUACAAAGACUUAGAGGGACAGGACUUCAACCUCUACGGUGGAACCAGGUUCAGGAGCAAAGGCAACAAGGUAGAGGUGUCACUCUUUAACUCAAUACACAACAAGUUCUUGUCAGUGACAAAAACUUUUCUUUUUUCACUUGAGUUGUCUUUCAGGUACCAAGUAGGAACUAAAAUUGGUUUUAAGACUGAAUGUCAAAAUUGCUGUUUAUUCUGUGUUGGAAGAAUAAGUCUGGUUUCUGUCUUAAUAAGUCAAAUAAAGUCUAAAUGUUGGUCAGCUGUGAAUCUAGAGUAAAGUCCAUAUAAGGCUUAAAUGUUCAAACCUCAUAUGAGUCCAGAGAAACAACACAUGGUACACCAAAACCGCUGUAACCUGAAUUUUAAAAAUUCAUGUUAACAUUCAUUUUCUGCACAGAAAGAAAUUUAUUUAAAUCAUUCAAUCAGUAAUGGAGAUACUCUCAAAACAGCUGAUGAGUACCACGAGUCGUUCAGCUCUUUCUCUCUGUCAGCAGUAAAUGAAAUCCCAACACCCUGUUUUAAAGAAUUUCAUAGUGAAAUAUUCCUGUUCUGAUAGCAUCUCUAACUCCACAACUACAAGUAAGAAAUAUACUUCAAUAAAAACAAUUCACAUCAUAUAAAUCACCUGUCCAGCCCAAUAAUGUCUCAGUAUUAUAGCAGGACUCUGAUGACUCCCUGAAAACGAUUGAACAUCACAUUUAUCUCAUCAGAAUCAUAAUCUUAUCUACAUCAAAUCAGGUUCCUAUCUUUGGCACAAAAUCAUAAACUCUGUUGUUUUGCCACUGUGAAGGUCCACCCACACCAAAACCCUUUACUUUAAUUUUGAUUACACAUACAGUACAUUAUUCAAAGUGAUUCUGCCAUCUUGAAUUACACACACCACCAAGAUUUAUCCUUCAGGCACAUUUUGAAGCUGCUCCUCAUCACUUCAUUUCACAAAGUUAAUGAAUCUCGCUACAUCCUGAUCAUACACACAGUUGUGCCUCAUGGUUGUUGGUUCAGUCAUGCAUUGUGAAGAUUCAAUUCAUUUAAAACAAACAACAAAAACUGAUAAACAGCCUUUUCUAUAAAACAUCAUCUGCCACCCUGGUAUUUUUUUACUCAUGAUCCUUGAGGAACAAACAAACACCCUAAUCUGUAAAAACAUGAGCAUAUUAUCAAUGUAAUAAUCCAGAUAAUCCAACAUUUUAAUCAAACAGCCCUUGUCCAAUAGGACCACAGAUAUCGGUAAAAGGAGAGCAAAAACGUUGAGACCGUUGCUGAUAGAUUUGGUCUCUCAGAGAUGACGUUAAUUAGCUGAUCUCCUACCGGAUGAUUUCUGUCUGUGUUUCUCCACCUUCACAGAGAUCUUGACUGGCAGUAUCUUCACAGGCAGGUGAUUCUCAGUGUAGAUGUACGGGAACAGGGUAUCAUUGAAAGCGUGUGUGAAGGUGUAAAUGUGUGUGUCACUGUCAAUAUUAAAGAAAGACAGUUUUCCUUUGUCAAAGUCCAGAUGGACUCUGAUCCUCUCAAGCUGCUUCUUCACUGGCAGAUCUUUCUCUGAACUUGAUGAGGAGAAGGCGGUGAGUUUACUGUCAGAGAACAUGAUUCUCCACAAUCCAAGCUCUCCUAAGACACCCAGUUCCCAGUCCUUGUUUGCUCCAACAGCGACCUCCCACUCAUGAGAUCCUGAGUUAAAGCCUUCAGAGCAGAGGACAGAGCAGGAGAACUUGGUCCUCUCACGAUUCUGUGGAAGCUGGUUCCGCUCUCCGGACCUUACGCUGGUCAGAUCCUCAGACAGGACAAGCUCGGGGUCGGCUGUGUUCGGAUCCAGAAUCACAGGACUGUAGCAGAUGACCCUCUUCAUCUUCUUCCAGAUGUUGAAGCUCAGGUUACCCAGGUGUUUCACCUCAUCUAUCAGAGCUCCUGACACCAAUUCUGGGUCAUCCAGCAGGGGGUGCUGUUGGACUCUAUUCACUGCAGCUUUGUAGUUCUGCAGGAAUGAGACAUCAUCAGCUCCCAGCUCAGCCUUGGUGGCUCUGAUUGUCUUCACUAGAGCUGCUAUCUCUCUGUUCAGAGCCUCAAUCUUCUCCUUCAUCAUCUGGCUCUUCUGCUUCUCUUCCUCCCUCAGUGCAGAGAUCCUAGCCUCCUCUUCCUCUUGUAGAAAUUGAUGAAGCUUCUUAAACUGCCUCUUGAUCCUACUCUCUGUGUUUUGUGCCUGGACCUUCAUGUGUUUUGCUGUUUGACUGCAGUUUUCUUUAACCUGUUCAAAGAUCUCCAGUUUCUCCUGUAAGGGCUUCAGGAAUUUCUGUAGCUCUUCUUUUUGAUCCAGAGUAGCUUCAUCGAUGGGUCUGAAUCUGUGGUUGUUAUGCAUCUUUGAAUCUCUGCAGACGACACACACCGGCUCCUGAUGGUCCAGACAGAAGAGUUUAAGUUUCUCAGAGUGCAGCCUGCAGAGAGCCUCAGACUCUCCUGGAGAUCUCUGAUGUUUCUCCUGGGAGAAUUUCUCACACAGGUUUUUUAACACCAGGUUUCGAGGUGGAUCACUCUUUGAGGAUUUUCUCUUACAGCACGGACACUCCCAAGAUUCUUUCCUCCGCCACCAUUUCUGCAGACAGUCUUUACAGAAGCUGUGGCUGCACAACAGAAUGACUGGAUCUUUGAAGAUAUCAUGGCAGAUGGGACAGUAGAGUUCAUCCAAAGCUCCAGAGGACAUAUUUAUCUCCAAAUGACGUUCCAACACAGCAAGCAGACAGAAUAAUUCUAGACUAGAAAGUUCUCUGAACGUUACUUUCACUUUCAGGUGUCGCUCCCUCUGUUAUUUUUGGUGCUUUCAGCAGCAGGUUGAAGUACAAGUGUGAAGUACGUCGGUUAAUCCAGAGUUCCCUCCUGCACCUGUCCCCUCUCAGUCGAUGUUGUUUGGGUGGGUUUGUCGUUUAUCCUACUUCGAGUCUCGUGUUCUGCCUUCUCUCAUGAACAAGGAAUAACAAACUGCCUUUCCUGUUUAUCUGGUGUGAGUCAGAAGGGGGUGGAGCUCUGAUUGAAAAUAUUUCCUGACUGAUAAGCUCAUGUUUAUUACACUGGGUGUGGGUUGGCUGACACUUGAUCUGAACUGUCAGUGUCUGGUCUUUGCUGUUUUAGAAGAUCUUUAUAUCUUUACACAAUCAAAAUAUACAAGUAACGCAGUAAUGAGCAGUUAAAAGGGUUAAAUCCAUCCUUCCCUGAUUCUAUGUCAAAAUAAGUCCUGAUGUGAAUUAAUCAGGUGAUUUCCAAAGUUAAAACUUUUUUAGAAAUUGAAAUCAUUGACCUUGAGAAGUUCAAAGCUUGUGUGCAGAUUAUUGUCUAACUUCUUAACAUGAUGAAGAGAGCAGUGUAAUAUAUAUAUAUAUAGAGAGAGUAACAGUUUGAACCUUGAUUCGAGUUUGACCUGCAGUCAAGUGUUCAUUAACACCCCCGACUCUCUUUGAAUGUAGAAGUUCAUCCUGAUGGAAGACCCCAGCAAACAGUACACUGUCAUCCAGGAAGACCUGCCAGCAGCCAAUGGGAUCAUACACAUCAUUGACCGACCAAUCACAGGCAGCCUUUCUGAAAGACCCAUUCGUGAUGAGCAGGUGUGUUACAGGAUCAUUACACUGACAAAAAAAUGCAGAAAUAAAAAAAUAAUGAAACAUCAAUAAUUACAGCGGCUCAGAAAUGUGACCCCAGUGAGUGUGUUCAGGACAGUCAAACUUGACUCUUGAAUCAGCUGAUUUUGUGAACUGUUGCUGUAAAUAUCAGUCAUAUAAAGGUCACCCUUUUUCUGUCUAGUAUGCAGACAAGACCAUCGGAGAGAUCCUGAGGAAGGAUGAUAAAUUCAACCGCUUCCUGUCUCUUGUUGAUGUAAGUAUUUUAUUUGCUCAGUGUUCAGUUUUUCCCCUGCACAAAGCCAAAAGCUGCCCCUGAGCAGUUAUCAUCCCAUCAUACUCUACCAGCUAUGGGUGUAACAGUUCAUUCAGUUCAUCAAUGCAUCGAUUUUUACGCCCACAAUCUAUUUGUGUUCAUGUGAAAACAAACAGCUCAAAAUCUGGAGUAUCCUGAAAAAGUUUAUGUUUCCCACAUCUUAAUUCAAAAAGAGAAACUUCCAUAGAUUCUCGAUUCAUCAAGACAAAGUGAAAUAUUUCAAAGAAAUCUAUUUUAUCACAAUCUAUUUUUAUUUUUAUGUCUAAUUUUAUGUCUUUGUUCGCAGAACUGCGGAUCGCCUCCCCCCCUGAAGGGUCCAGGACCCCUGACAGUGUUUGUCCCCACUAAUGAGGCUGUGGACAGAGCCAGAGACGGCAGCAUCUUGUACAUGCUGCAUGAUGUAAGUGUGAUUAAUAUCUCUGUUUUUCAUUGAAUAUGAGUGCUUGUGAUUAGUCUAGAUAAUAUUUACAUCACUGUGAAGCUGUUCGUCAUACUUUUAUUGACAAACCAAAUGAUAACAUAUUGAUUCUGUACGGGGUUCUCAGCCAACGUAUUCUUAACUCCUUCUUGUUGAAAAUGUAAGAAAAUUGAUAAAGUUUGUUUUUCCAAAUUCAAAGUCAUCAACCACCCAAACACUGAGCUUUUAAACUUUAAAGUUUGCUUUCUAAAUGAUCUUCUUGUGUCUUUAAAGGCCAAACAUAAACUUCAGGAACUUCUUCGACACCACGUUUUCACCCAGGCUGUGGUAAGACACUUCACCUCCUCACCCUUUCAAUGAAGUUAUUGUUCUCCCUCUCACAGAGGACAGAUUAUCAGGGCAUUUACUGAUCUGAUAUAUCCUUUUGAUUCUAUGACUCCGUGAACUCUCCUUGAACACAACCUCUCUCACAAAUGGAACAGACACAUAUCAUGUUAAUUAUGUUUUAUCUCAUUAGCUGACGGUCGACGAGUUGGCUGCUCUCCCUCAGAUUCAGACCAUGGCCAAUCAGUUUGUUUCCAUCUCUGCAUCUGAUACCGUAAGUGCUCAUGACUUCUCUUCUAUCCUGGCUGUUAUAAUGUUAACAUAGGCUGUUAAAGAUGAACACCGAGGGCCCCACUGACUCUUAAAGGGAAUGGGAGCAGACUAAAUGAUUGGUUUGAUUCAUGUUAGGCCAAAAUAACACCUUUAAAUGGUCAAUGGACUACAGUGUUUACUACCUCUUUGAUUGGGUAGGGCUUACAUUGGAAACUGUGGUCAGACACGCCCUGAUUCACCUUGUGCUUCAGACUAUUUGAGAUUGUUGAAAUAGGGUCCUAUAUCCCCCUCCUCUUGUUUCAGGGUGAGCUCCUUCUUGGUGAGAAAGGCAUCCACCUGAAGAGCACCAACAUUAUAGCAUCCAACGGAAUCAUCCACAUGAUUGACGGACUCCUCUACCCGCCCUCCAUCCUUCCUAUUCUGCCUCACCGCUGUGAUGUCAUCGAGAAAAAGAUCACUCUGGUGAGCGGGGGGGUGGGGGGGCAGUAAAACGCGACUCUGAAUAGACAAACAGGAAGAAACAGCAACAGACAGAGACCUGAGACACUGCCUUUUUUUUCAAUUUCUCCUUUUCUUAUACACUCAAGACUGAAGCAGAAUUGAACUCACAGAUACAGAGGAGUGAUGUAGACUGAAAACAAGGCAUGAGAAAUAAACAGAACCGAAGGCCAGACAAGAUAAAUCACAUUACUGAAGCAACUUAAACAGUGGGUUUGCUCUUCACAUCAGUGACUCACAGCACUACACCAGCAUACACUAAAAGAAAAACCCUCUGCAGCACAUCUACUUUGUUUAACAUUCUGCAUGGUUAAUAAAAAGGUUAAUAAAACAGAAAAACUGGAGUUACCCAGCAUUUCCCUCAGUCAUCCCACUCGCCCUAUUUUUGACAGAAGCAUCACUCUGCUCUGGUCAGGGUCUGCACUCAUUUCAUAUCAUAUCAGACAGACUUUUCUUGUGGAUCAGUCAUAAAAAAGGAGAAUAUACUUGACAUGUUUUGGUUCAAAGUGUCUACAGCACCUCAUCUUACAAGGUUAGGAUGCUGUGUAAAAUACAGCAAAUGUUAGAACUGAAAAAUUUGAUUGUUUUGUUAAAACUUGCUCAUUUCUAAUUUGAUAGCAGCAGCACAUUUCAAAAAGGUAGGGAGAGGGAAAAUGAAACAUCCAAAAAAGUUGUGUGUAUGCUAAUAAAAAGGUUCAUCUCCCAUCUAUUGAAGUAAAUCUGCAACAGGUGUAAAAAAAAAAAAAAGGGUUAGAGAAAGCCUGAACCGCUCCGAAGUAAAGAUGGAGAAGGGUCCACCACUGCAUGAGCAAAUCUUUUAUCAAUUUCAGAAAAAUGUUCCCAGAAAUGUGUGGAUCAGAUCAUCUGCAGUGUGUAAUAUCAGUAACAGAUUCAGAGUAUCUAGAGAGGGACAAGGCUGAACACACACACGAUUAGACAGCCCUGAACCGUAAGCUCUCAGGUGGCACUGCUUUAAAAGCAGACAUGACUCGUCCCUGGUUGUCACUGAAUUUAAAAAUGCAGAUUGAAACUGUACCAUGCAAAGAGGAAACCAUAUACAAACACAAUCCAGACAACCCAGUGAUCUCUCUGGGCCCAUGUAAGAUGGACUGAAGUCAAGUGGUCCUGUCCUGACAAAUCAACAUUUGGUAUUUCCUUUAGGGAUAAUGGAUGCCAUUCAUUGAAAAUAUUUGGUGCAUCAUGAAUAUAAACUUAGUACUAAAGUGAGGACAUUUGUGUUUGGUGGAUUUUUGGCUUGGUGCUUCUUGGCAGUAAAUCUCAAACCAUUGGAAAGCCUGUUUGUUUUCCUUUUUAACAGCGCCACAUUUAAGGAACAUGCGUUUGUGCGAUGAGCAGCAGAGCUGAAGAUGUGGGGUGCGCCUGGACUAAAGUUGCCAAAUUUUCUCUGCCAAUGCCAAACAGCUUAUUCUGCCAUUAACUCUUAUUUUGUUUUGUUUGGUGGAUCAGAAAAGCCUGAACCGCUCCGAAGUAAAGAUGGAGAAGGGUCCACCACUGCAUGAGCAAAUCUUUCAUCAAUUUCAGAAAAAUGUUCCCAGAAAUGUGUGGAUCAGAUCAUCCGCAGUGUGUAAUAUCAGUAACAGAUUCAGAGUAUCUAGAGAGGGACAAGGCUGAACACACACAAAGUAAAUCGUACAAAGUGAAGUAAACGCUGUUGUGAAUAAAGCAGUGUCCUCAGCUUCUAAACAGCUACAGUGUCGUCAAAGGAAGAGGUGAUGCAGCACAGUAGAAAACAUGUCCUCAUCCUUACCUUUUUGAAAACAUGUGGUCGACAUCAAGGUUAAAAGAAGAUAAUAUUUUUAUAAAACAGGAUAUGUUGUCUUGUGUCUUAAAUCAAAUCCAGGGUCUAAAUAUCUUACAAACCAUUACAUUCUAUUUUCAAAUUGUAUUUACCACUUCUUCUGGAAUUAAGCAGUGUUUCCCUGAGAAUUUUGUAUUCGAGAAAUUUGUAGCGGCGCACGUAAUUCAGCAGCAGCACACCGCCACUGCUGAAUGAAUGUAGGGGAAACACUGAAUUGGGUUUGUGUUGCAAGAGUUAAACUGUAGAUUCUACAGUUGUAGCAGCCUUGGACACUUUACAGAUUCGUACAAAAUUACCUCUUCACACAAGAAGAAUAGAAAGGGCCAAACUCAAGAUUGAAGCUGACAGUAAUGCUUACGUUAAACGCUAAGUGCUUUUUGUGUUUUCAGGGUCGGUGUGUUUUAUGCAGUUACCUCUAUAUGACUGAGUGUCCAGAAGGAACCACUGAAACGGUAAACCACAUCAAAAUUGCUGCAACACAGUACCUGUUUGUUUUUUUUAUUUGUCAGUGGCUCCAUGGAAGCACAGUUUGAUUUUUAUACAGUGACGGAGUAUGGAGGAGGCACAGGUCAAGAGUGGUGUGAAAAGUAUUUUAAAGAGUCGACUGUGGAGUAGUGUUCAUGGAGAAACAAACAUCUGAGGCAUAAUCUGAUCUUUCUUAUACUUACCAGUUUAAAGGAGGAAAUAAUAAAGUGCUGAAACGACAGUUUUCAUGAAGCAGUGUUUCAGUCAGGGAUGGGAAAAGGACACUAAAAGUCUGGAUUUUAGAGAAGGAACUGAUUUACAGCUAAUUUGAUAUUAAUCAGUUUAUUAUGAACAGUAUAUUGGUAUAGAGAUGAGGUGUCAGUCUGUGAUUCCAUGUACCCGUCAAAACAAAUACUAAACUGCUUAAAUUUAUAACCAAUAAUAUCCUGCUUUUCUACUCAUUGUGAAACUAUAUUUUAGCAGUCUUGCUUAAAAUAUUUCUCGUGUGUGUGUCUAUGUAUGUGUGUGUGUGUGUAUGUGUGUUUGUGUGUCUGCAGGAGAACCAUGAGCGUGGCUGUGAUGUAGAACCAUCCAUUUUUGUAUCUCAUACAAACACUCCCCUUAAAGGAUGUGCCAAAUACUGCAACGCCACCAAACAGGUGAGAUUGUGAACACUGUCAGAAUAACUGUCAUUAGCUUAAUUCAGCAGCUCUGAGCAAAUAACAGAGUGUUUACUGUCACUGGUCACUUGUCACUGGUAGUGCAAGUACCUGAAAGCCAUACUCGAGUAAAAGUACCAGAAAUGACUGAGUCUGACAUUCUUGUAGGUUUUAACUGUCUAAAUUGCACUUAGGCAGUGAAAGUGAAACUACAAGUACAUUAUAUCAAAAGUGGUCAGAAUUACUGAACUUCAACUUUAAACAAACAGCAUGUUUGGGUCACUGUUUAUCUGUCAGAUUUUAUGAACUUGUUGAUCUACAGAGUGAUUCUCAGGUGAGCAGUGGGGAUAUCAGAGGUGGACUCACUGACACUCACACAGCAGAUGGUUGUUGUGUUCCUUGUAGGAAGACUUUAUCUACUGUUUAACUCUGUGUGCGUGCGUGUGUGUGUGUGUGUUUAACAGGUAGCAGAGUGUUGUAAAGGCUUCUAUGGUCCAGACUGUAAACCCUGUAUUGGAGGAUUUCAGCAUCCCUGCUACGAUAGAGGAACAGUGAGCAGCAUACAAACGUCUCCAUCACUGAACUCAAGUCUUUCAGCCGAUGUAGUUUGAUUCAUUGCUUCAGUUUUUCCGAUUUUUUGUCACCCCAUGCAGUGCUUUGACGGUAUCCAAGGCAACGGCUCAUGCAGCUGUCAGCCAGGAUUUGAGGGUGUCGCCUGUCACAUCUGCUCUGAUCCGUCAAAGCACGGAGACAAGUGUGACGAAGGUAAAAGCUUCUCUUUGCUUACAUGUGGAGAGCAAUUUAACACUUGUUUAAGCUCCAGCUGCGUGUUAGACAUUUAAAAAGACCAAAUCACUCCUUCAUUCCCUCUUAAUAAGCUGCUGUUUAAAUCUGAUGUUAAAACGUAAAUAUUAAUAAGAGAAAACACUUGUUAGUCUAAAUGUUGCGUGGUGUUGGAUCUUGUUUAUUUCCGAAGCAAUCCCCAACAUUCUUGCGUCUGUACCUCAGACUGAAUGUUUGUCUCUGUAGAAUCAAAACCGUAAUAAGGGACACGACACAAAAGGUUUAAGUUUAUAUUUAAUUUUAUUCAAGAAUAAACAGAAAUGGAAACAAAACCUGCAAACAAACUAAGAGGUGCUGCUGCUUCUGUGAGGUGGAGAGAAAGAGUGAGAAUGUUAGUAAGUCCUGCCUAAAUAGACUCAGUCUUGAUUGACCUGAAGUGUUUCCAACAAUCAGAGCAGGAAUCAUACACACUGAAACAGGAAGAAACCCUGAUGUUGUUUGAUAACCUUUCAGUCGCAGAUAAUAAUGGAUGAUAGUGUCCCUACUCCUGUGGAAGAGGAGCUGCACAUACAAAGUUUACCCACUCUGAAAAUAUUAGUGUGUUGAAUAAAGACGUGGCAAAGCACAGCUGUACAUGAAACUGUUAAACUAUAUUUUUCUGCCUGAUCAUUUUUGUUGUGUGUGUGUCUGUGUGUGUGUGUGUGUGUGUGUGUGUGUGUGUGUGUGUGUGUGUGUGUGUGUGUGUGUGUGUGUGUGUGUGUGUGUGUGUGUGUGUGUGUUCUCUCAGCGUGUCGCUGUGUCCACGGCGAGUGUGAUAACCGUCCAGGCAGCAGUGGAGCGUGUCGGAGUGGGUCCUGUAAAGAGGGAUUCUUUGGAGAGAACUGUGACCAGACCGCCACCCCCUGCAACGCUGACGGGCUGCAUGAACAGUGCCACAUCCAUGCAUACUGUACACAGACAGGACUCAAUACUAUGUAAGAUACUUCUAAUCGUGGUGUUCAUUUUUGUUUAUGAGUCUGUCAUGUAUGAAUUCAUUUCAUUUGGAGGCAGAAGAACAUGUUAGUCCAGCUGUUAAAACUGAAGUUAACUAAAUGUUGUCUUUUUUUAGUUUUCUUUUCAUCUGCAACCUUUCAGUCCAAUUUUCAAAAUAACCUUUAUUUUGGCGGCCACGCUGCCCCUUCAGUCCGAACAGACACACUUUUAUCAGCCAGUCCAGCUCUGACACUUUAACCCUGUUAAAAACACUCUUACAUCAUCCUUCUUUGAACAGUUGUUGUUAUUUUGUCCCAGCUGUUCGGUCGAUAAUCUUCUCAAAUCGAUUGUAGGGUUGUAAAAUAAUCUGACCAUUAUUCAGCCACUUUUUAGCAAUAAUGAAAAACUUUGCCCCUCAGAUGGCCCUGAUGUUGGUGUGUUACUGAAAUCCAAGACUUUUCAUAAUAUAUUCAUGAAAAGCUCCAAGAGGGUUAAACCUCCUGACCUCAGCAAGAACACCAAGCGAUCUGAACCCCUCUGAUCAUUUUAAUCACAGAGUGUUUUUCCUGAAGACUGUUCAUCCAAACAUCAUUUUAUAUUAAUCCUACAAGCUGAGAUUGAUUAUCAUCUGACGCAAUCAUUGCUCCCUGUCAUCUAAAGCAGCAUGUGAUUAAUAUCAGUGGAUGAUCUGUGAUCAGCUGCUGAGUUUGUUUAUCAGCUUGUCUGUCUGUGUGCAGGUGUGUGUGUAAGGAUGGAUAUGAUGGUGACGGUCACUCCUGUUCUCCCAUCAACCCCUGCCUGAAGAGCAACCGGGGAGGCUGCGACACCAACGUAAGACUUGCUGCUUUUCUGUGUGUGUAGUUUGGCAAUAAAACCAUCCUGAUAGAAAAGUGACAUAAGAUUGAGCUUUAAAAUGAUGGGAAACCUUUCUGCCUUUUUGUCUUCAUGGAUGAAUAGAACUGAGCAUAGAGUAGGAAACAAGAAAGAGAGAGAGAGAGUAAAGGGAGAGACAUGUAGUAAAGGUCAAGGGUUGGAGUCAAACUCUGACUGUCUGUUUAAAGGUAGAAAGCAUCCAUACAUGGGACAUGCAGUUUAACCACUGAGCCUUCCCAGCGCCCCCUGCCUGUCUUUUUCUAUCAGACUGUCUCACAGCUUUAUUUAUUUAUUUCACCCCCUCUCUCUCUCUCUCUCUCUGUCUCUCCACAGGCAGAGUGUGUGUUUGCGGGUCCAGGCAAAGCAUCGUGUGUGUGUGCCGAAGGAUGGACGGGAGAUGGCAAAGUGUGUGGGGAGAUCAAUAACUGUCUCCUGGAGAGUCGGGGAGGCUGCAGCUCCAAAGCCUACUGUACCCACAUUGGACCAGGACAGGUCAGACAUUAUUAUUUACAGUCACUAAGAGGUCAUAAGCACGAGUCAGCAAAUAAAAAUUAAAGGGCUAGUUACAAUAUUUACCUCUUAAUAAGAUUCUUAUCGCUUUCACUUUGCACCUGUCUGAUGUUACUGCCCUUCAUCGGUUCAACCAAGCAGCAGUUUCUCUACAGCCUUAUUGAAACCCUUUAAAUCUGCAAUAGAAAGGAGUCCACCAGAUUAUACAGAAAUAUUCUGUAACAUGCUGUAUCUUUAAAGAGGGGGUUUUCUCAGGCUCUACCUUCCUGCAACCUCUUUGAUAGCUUUACAUGGUUUGGGCCUCGUGUUUCUCACACUGGUGUCUUAGAAAACCCUAAUUUCAACCUUGUUUUAGCUGCUGUGUCUUUAAAAUCUUUUAGUAUUGACACCAAACAUUCUAACUCUGCAUUUUUGUUGUAAGUUUGGAAAUUAUAAUCUUCCCUUCCACUAAUGUUUCUAACCCUAGCAUCUCUUAGGUCAAGGUAUUCAGUCAGUCAUUACACAGGAGUUUAAAAUUUCGACACGUCUUAGUUUAUUGGUGAAUGGCGUUGGAGCCGGCCAACUCACCUUGACUGUAUUUAAGGUCUGAAUUUCAAGUAAAAGUGACAGCCCUGAUACUUAAAAUGUAAAAAUGUGAAAUAAAAUGUAAUAGAAUAAUGAUAAAAGCAGUUCAAAAUACUGAAUGAAACUGAUGAGACAUGAUUGUCUUUCUCUCUGCAGAGUGAGUGUGUUUGUCGAACAGGUUACAUGGGGAAUGGCUUCGUGUGUGACCUUAUUAACCCCUGCUUCAAGAUGAACGGAGGCUGCCAUGAGUUGGUAAACACUUACAGCCACUCACAAACACAGAAACAAAAAAAUAUAUAUAUAUUUGAAGUUUUUCUUUAUCACGCUGGUUCCUUCCACUUAAACCUUGACAUUUACAUCCAUCAAACUUUUCAAAAAAGCUCUGAAUGUUUCAUAAAGUUAUCAUUCAAUAGUUCAUAUUUAAGUCCCAAAAGUAUGCAGAGAUUCGUUCUCAAACAGUGACCUAAUGUUUGAUCAUAACAACUGUGAUGAUUUGUUUUUUUUUACCCACAGCAGUCAACAUUAAUGUCUGUGGAUUAACCAGGACAUUAAUUCUGAAAACAAUUACGCUGUUCAUAUUACGAUUGACCAUACAAGGGUUCUUCAUUUAACUAUGAAAGCAGAGACUGUCCUCCAUGUUUGUGAUUACUGCAAACUCGGCUGGCUAAAGGUCCCACGGUCCUUCUCUGCUUUAAACUCUGUCAGGCAAAAUGUGAGUAUCUGGGGAAUGGAACCCGCAACUGCAGCUGUCCUGAUGACUUCGCUGGAGAUGGAAUCACCUGCUACGGGACAUUACUGGAUGUAAGUAAUGAUGGAGAAUGUAAAAGUAGUCUUAUAGGUACACCCAAUAGUCUGUAUGUGCUUUUUAUUUUUGAUAUCUGCAAAUGUGCCGAGGGCCUGAUUCACAAUGAGUGGAGAUUUUUGCAGCUGGAAGAUGUUGUCAGAGUCACAAAGCGCAUGCACAGGAUUAUUUAUGAAUGCACCAAAAGCUGCUGAGCAAAUAGCAAUGCUGUCUGCUGGUGUUGCAUUUGGAGCAAAAUAUGCCUUUUACUAUGCAACUGAGUCUCACUGCAACUAAAACCUGAUCCACUUAACGUUGGUGCUUACAGCCACGGGCAUAUGGAGUGAAAUUUAUGACAUCUGCUGGCAGCCAGUGGCAAGUGCACUGGAUUGUUACGCUGAACUCCUCAGUGAUCUAGACAACAGCUCCACCUCUGAAUGACCCCGAUAUAAUAUGUUUGUGACUAAAGUCAAUUUCUCAUCUGAAGAUCUCAGCUGCUUUUUGCCCCCUCAGUCUAUCACAUCUGUCAUGAAUCAGGUCCAGAGUAAAACAGCGCGGUCCUCCACUCUCUGUCUGUUAAAUAUGUGGAUGAGUAAAGGAGCUGAGAGUGACAUCUCUUCUCAUUUAAACUGCACAGAGCUUUGUGAAUGUUUCUAAGCUGCAUUACUGUUAACCCCAUCAGCUUUGUGAAUGAGACCUUUAGAUGGAGCAGAUAGCAGGGGCAGAUGUUGAUUAGUACUCAGGCAAGCUAUUAGCCUCAGUCCAUUCAGUCCAUUUUUGGGGCUCACUGAUUCAUCUAUUUCACAGAAAAUAUUCACUGUGUGGAAAUGUGACGCAAAAAAAAAGAAAAAAAGAUAAAACUUAGUCGAAGUUGUAGAUAAUAAAAAAAAAGAGAUGUGUUACACUGUGUGAGUUAUUGAAACCUCAAACCACUGAGUGUUCAGACCACAGUAGUGUCCUGGCGUUGUUCUGCAGAUGAAGUACAAAGCUGACAACGAUGUUGAAUCUGUUUCAUGCACAUUUCAAUCCUCAUGGAAUUUCUCUCUGUGUUUGUAGGGGGUGGAAACGCACCCGAAGCUGUACAGUUUCAGCCGAAUGAUCCAGGUGCUCUGAAGUAACACCAUUUCUCUAAUAUUGAUGAUGAAACAAACUCAGAAAUCCUACCAAUUAACCACUUUUUACUUCAUGUCAUCCCAUGAUGGAGAAUAUAUCUUUUUUUAUGAGGAUGUAUCUACUCCAGCAGCACAGCAACAUGGAUAACUCACAGCAAGAAAAAGUAAUGAUUUUGUUUUUUUCUCAGAAAUACAUCCACAGCACUGAGGAACUGAGUGGAAACCUCACAGUUUUGGCCCCGUCCAGAGAAGCCUUUCGGAACAUGACCCCAUCUCAGGUUGCGUUCUGGAAAAACCGACACCACCUGCCUUACUUUUUGCGGUCAGAUUUGUGUUGCUUGUUUCCUUUGUCUGUGGAACCAGCUUAGUUAUUAUGACUGUACUGAUAUCAAACAUGCCUGAUCUGGGCUUGACACAUCUGUCAUGUGUUAUUAGAAUGAACACCACGACAGUAAACGUGAUGAAAAUCUGAGACUUGAAGCCGUAUUUAAAAUCUGCAAGGAGCAAGUUGAGAGUUGAUGGUUGAUAAGAAGAGCCAACCAGCUAUUCUAGGUUUUGAAAGGUGCUGUAUAAGUAAAUUUAACAUUCUUUCUUUAUUUCUUCCCGUUCUGGUUUCAGGGCUCACUGUCUGCGGGGGGUCUACUCUGUAGAAGAUCUGGACAGACUGGUGGGCAGUAAGCUUCCAACCCUGAAUCCCCUCACCCAGUGGGAGAUAGGCAACAGAAGUGGGGUAAGACAAGAGUUAGGCUGGACGGAUUUAAAUACACAGGUGGAUUUAGUAUGACUCCAUUUAAGUCAGGCUCUGGUUUGAAUGACACAUUUUCAGAUCAGUUUGAGUGUCUUAUUUAGAUGUCACUGCUUUGUUUCAGCUGAUCUAUGUUGGAAACGCCUCUAUCAUCAUCCCGGACGUGAUUGCAAUCAAUGGCUACAUCCACAUCAUCAACAACGUGAGUUUUGACCUCUUAUCAACUAGCUACCUUUGUUUUUCUAUUUUGUAGCUUCACCUGUGGAGAUGCAUGGAAAAAAAGAUGUCAUUUGGUUGUUUAAAAGGUUCACUCUAUCAAGGCCUUUAAACAGUGUUUUACUUCCUGGUUUUAUGUGAAUGUGGAUUUGUUGAAGAGGGACUGUACAUCUUAAAAAUCUGGGGAUUUUCUUUAAAUCAUAAAUGGAUUUGGCAAAUGUGAUUUCCUUGACUGUUUUAAUGAAGUUUGUAAGAUCAGGACAGAGGUGUGAGGAGGAAUGAGUGUCAGUGCACAAUUUAGCUAAAUGUUAUUUUUUCUAUUUCUGUUUGGGUGUGGUCAGAUUCUUGCUCCACCCCUCUCAGACCUUCCCCCGGAGCCCCCCACUCUGAUGGCCUUCCUGAACUCCUCGUCCAACUUUACUCUUUUCAGACGCUUUGCUGAGGUGAGAUCAAACGUUUCUGUUUGCAGUGUGUCAAAGCCAUGGGCUGUAUGGACUAAUAAAAGUGAAAGCCAAAACACGCAGAGCUGUCCUUCACUGAUGUGAAUAGACUUCUUAUUUACAUACUUCACUAAACUGAAUGUUAAAUGCCCCCCAGUGGCUGUAAGUUGGCUUCAUUUUAGUCCAACAGGAGGAGGUGGAGACGUCUCAUCCAUCUUUCUAUGCGGUCAGUUAUUAAAUCUUAUUGUUUUUUACAGCUGAACAAUCUUUCAGUGGAUUUAAGCGACUCUGAGUUCACCGUCCUGCUGCCAACAGACGAUGCCAUUAGGCAGCACCUCAGCAGGACUAACUCCUCCACUCUGGUAGGUCCAGGAUUGUGUGAGCCGGUUCUAGCCUAAACCCCUCCCUGCUUUAAAUAAUGGGAGCUUUAAUGUUAAACUUAACUUUAAUUUUGGGGUUACAACAUAAAUAUUGACAUUUUCAUCACGUGCGCUGUGUUUUAGUUUUAACCAAAAAUGAGAAACUUGAGUUCAAUAGAUUUCCGGUUUUGUUGGUUCGAUCUCCUCAAUGUGUUUUGCCUUUCCGGUUUGUAAUUUCCUCUUUGGCCCCAGAGAAAUCACACCUGUCUGUUGAAGACAGCGUUUAAACCAGCCAACCUUUGCAUGCAGUAAGAGAACAAGAUUUACAGGUUGAUGAUUUUACAAGUUUAGAUUUAUUGAAAUCAACGAGAAGGAAAAAAAAAGACAGUUUGGAUCGAACAACAAAUAAAGAAUAAGAAUGAGAAUAACUUUAACAAUAAUAAUAAUAACAACAACAACUAUUAUUAUUAUUAUUAUUAUUAUAGUCAUAGAUGGUGGAAGUGAAACUUGUUACCUCAAAUAUUCUGACAGUAAGAUGCACAGAAGAGUUGGGGUUAAAGACUUGCGUAAGAUGACUAACAACCCCUUAGUCUAUAAUGAUCUACUAUGCUUCCUCUCAAAGAUGAAAAAAUGUUAUUCUCAAUUUCACUUAUAAAGUUUUAAGUCUGUCCAAGUGGGUUAAAAGCUGGCAAAGCUAUAUAGGUGGAGCAAGCUGCCGUCCAAUCAGAAGAUGAAUAGUUUGAUCUCCUACUCAUCUCGACCAACUGUCAGAGUAUCCAUGGGCAAGAAAACAACUCCCAAACUUUUGUUAAGGGAUUUAUGGGAAGGAUUUGACUACGUUAGAGUGUGGUUGUAUGUGAAGGGUGAAUAUAACAUGCAGUGUAACAAAGUGUAAAUAAUCUUAAAUGUAGGACAUGCAGUCUGCGUACCAACAGCCAUUAAACCAGCAUUAAAGUAGAAAAUUCAGAUCCAUCUGUGGUGAUUUUUGAUCCGUCCAGGACCCUGAUGUGUUCAAAUAUCACGUGGUUGUCGGUGAGCUGCUCUUCCCUGACCACCUGUCCGACGGCACGUUGAAAAGCACUCUGCUAGGCAUGGAGUACCAGGUCCAUUUCCACAUAAAUGACAAAAACCAGGUAAGAACAUCUUGACCUUCAGAGCCCUGUCACAAACCUGACUGUGUGCUGGUCUGUUAGGAACAGAUUGUUGAUUUUGUGUGCCUCCUGUUGUAAGAUUUUUAUUUUAGUCCUUUCAGGAAGUGAUGAGAAGAGCUGAUGUUGUUUCCAAGGACAUCUCACCCUUUUUCUGGGUCCAUGUAGUUUGUUUACAAAGUGGUUGAUGUCAAUUUUCCUUCAAGGUUGUGUGUCGCUCCCUCUAAGUGUUGAAUCCAAAAUCCGUCAUUUAUUUUUUUUAUACCUUAGGUUUAUUUCGUAAAAUAACAUGAUUUUUUUUUUCCCUUUCUUGCUCCUACAUGUGGUUCAAUAUCUGGACUGUUCCUUCAAACUUGUCCAGAUUAGAUAACGAUUAAACCAGAGGUAUUUCUCUAAAGCAAUAAUUUCCAAGUGGUUUAAAAGGAAACUUAAAUUCUAACUAACUCACUAAUCUAAAUGUAAAAAAAAACUUCAGGACCGAGCUUCUCCUCAUUCUCUUUGUGUUCACCUGCAGGCUUUUCUCAUAAUGUCAGUUCAUUACUGCAGUCCUCAUGGUUUGUUUUGAGUCAUCUCAGCAUCUGUGUAGUCAAGUAUUCACCAGCUAGCUGAAUUAAAAAGUCUGUUUUUUGUCUACUUCUACUUUUCACCUGCAGACAAUUGUGAACGAUGUCCCGCUCGACGGCAGCCACAUCAACACUCUGGACGGUGUCAUUAUUGUGGUCCCUCAGGUUCUUAAAGUGCACCGUAACAGAUGCAGCAAAGAGGUCAUCCUUAAAGUCAGUGUAAGUACGGAGGGGAGUGAUUGAUAAAAGGGAGGCUGGAUAGAUGAGGAGAUGAGAGGAUGGACAGAUGGACAGAUAAAUGAACGAGAGGACGAGGCAGUUAUUUGUUCAUGCAGCUGCAGGAAGUACAAAAGGCUUUUUUGAAAUCAAAUGAAGUGUUGUGAAUAUUUCAGUCCAGUCAGCCAAUCACAGCACUGCACUCAUAGCUCUACAACUGCUUCACCAAUCACAGAGAAGCAUAACAGCAAGGCCCCAGAUGGUUGAACACCACACAUCUUCAACCAGCUGAUUAUUUCAACGGUGGAAAAAAAAAAGAAAAAUAACAUGAAAGUUCUCAAGGCAGUCCGACUCAUCUUCGUCUCUCUCUCUGUUCUUGUCUCCAGGGAAGAUGUGGAGACUGUGAAGGAGUGCCCAGAUGUAUGUACAGCUACAAACCGGUGAGAAAGCCUUACCUAAUGAGGGUUGACACAAUAACACGAACACCUGUGCAACAUUAUCCACAAACAUGGUCUUCAUAGUGGUUUGAAAUAUUACCUCUGGGACCAGACCUCAGAGCCAAAUGUCAUCAUCCACAAAGUGACGAGAGAAAGGACUGCAUCAGAUUUCAUCACACAGUGUUGUCUGGUCCUGGACAACAUGUUGAGUUUUGUGGACUGUUAUAGCCACCAGCCGAGCGCUGUCAUGAUACCAGAAUUUUCAAUCAAUACUUGCUUCAUACCACAGCAACAAAAAUCAGACCUCUCAGGUGACACACAGGUGUACAGUUUCCCUGUCAGAGGCUUUAGUCCUGCAGCGGUUGCAGGCUCUGCUCCUGUGACCUCCUUUUGCUGGACAUCCUUCUUCUGCUCCCCACAUCUCCUCUCUCAUUGGCCGCCUUUCAAUAAGAUCAAAAAGUGCUAAAAAUUACCUUCAGAAGAGUUUAAACUCCUAUUCACCAAAAGUUUAUUUUAAAUGACCCACCUAUAAACAGUACUUGAACAGAAUGAGUUCACUGAACGUGUGUCUGUAAUAUUUAAAAUAAAUAAUGAAAGGCAGAACUAUGAUGACGUUUCAGGAUCUCAUUAGGUUUAAAAAAAAUAAAGAACUAAAGAAUUGUAGAAUUAAAAGAAAAAAAAUUCAAAAAUAUAAGAAAAGAAAACUCAUAAAUAUACAAUCAUCAAGUUUUAAAAGUCUUGAAUCAUGAAUUAAUGAAAUAAAAGCUGGAAAUUCACGUUAUGAAAGUUGCAGGUUUACGAGCAUGAACGCUCAGUUUUAGAGGGUCAAUCUUGUGAAUUGAUGAGAACAAAGCAGUUAGGACAGAUUGUGAUUAGUCUCUGAGUAAUUGGAGGAUAAUGCAGAAAUUUGAUUAAUGUGCGUUGUCCUAAUCAAAUAAAUUAAUAAAUAAAUGAAACAUGAGGAGAGCAGCUGCUGUAGAGCAGGGAUCACGGAUCAUCAACAACCCUAGACACACAGCAGUUGGAGAAGUUCUUUAUAACAAACUCAGAUCCUGCAAAAUCCUUCAGAGUCCUGACUGUAAGGGUGAACUCCAAAACCGUUAGUAUUCAGUUAGCACCGUGCUUCACACUCCUCAUUGAAGCCCUCUGGUUGUUCAUCUGAUCUUUCUCUACAAAAUAACAUACAGCUAACUGUAAACUAAACUGUUUGACUCCUCACGCACUAGGUUAUGACCUUUUUUCUCUUUAAGAUGUGUUUCUAUUCUUACAAAGUUAUAAAUUUAUUCUCAAAGUAUUAAUUUGUCCAUAUUAUAAGACGAAUACUUCAUUGGCAGUGUUGGCUCCCCUCACUCUUUCUCUGUGUUACUCUGCCACAGCCGCUCUCUUUCUUUUAUGCCUGCAAGUUUCGGUUGGAUGUUUUAGCUCACGCACCUUUUGGUACCACUGAACACAAAACUUGAGUAGUUUUUAACUUGUUGUAUUAAAAGUUUCCAAGUGUUUUAUUUUUGUGACAUUCCUACAUCCGUCCAUUUCAAUCAGCUGUGCGCCUUUACAGCUCUGUGUGACUUUCUUAUGUAGAUCAAACAGCAGUUUCCACCCAACAUGAGAUCCAACUGUAAAUACAGGAAGCGAGUUGGAACCAGGAGGAGGUCCGUACCGGGCUGCGUCAUGACAUGUUAUAAGACAACCCCGGUAAGAAUAAAUCACUGCUAAUUGACUCCAGAAACAGUCAUUAGACAACUACAACAGUUCUUCUUCUUCUUUGGUGGUAUGACAAACAGACUUGAUAACAUUGAAACGUUUGGUCUGUCACGUCCUGCAGGAUCACUCCUGUUGCCCCGGUUACUAUGGUCAUGAGUGUUACAGAUGCCCCGGAGACAUCGGCAGCUGGUGCUCAAAUCACGGAACUUGUCUGGAUGGUAACUUUGGCACCGGGGAAUGUCGCUGCUACGAAGGUUUCCAUGGCACCGCGUGUGAGGACUGUGAGCCAGGACGAUACGGAGUCAACUGCUCUUCGAGUGAGUAACGAACACAAACAGAAACACACACAGAGUCAUGGCGUGAUUGUACCGCAAGAGCAGAUAUCUUGGAAAUGAUUUCUUGUUUGUUGAAUGCAAACGAAAAAAAGAGUGAUUAUAAACCUUUGUUAAAAAUAAGAAGUGUCUAAACUGAAGGAUUGUCUUGUCAGCAGUAAAUGUGACUUAAAAAUGCAAAUACUAAACAAGUAGAAGUCCAUAGUUCAAAGGCUUGAGGAUUAUUUUGUGCUAUGAAAUGCUAGCCAAUCACAAGCAAUCAAUCUUGAAGAGGAAGUGUGCACAGCAUACAUACCAGGAUCACACUGAUAAUAAGAGGAGUGUUAUGGGAUGGAUGCUUCCGGUUCUGAGCAGAGAGCAACAAUAUUUUUGACCGCCAUCCUAUCAUCCACAAGCAGCAACCUCUGGUCUUUAGAAAUGAAGCUAAAAACGUUUCUUUCCAGAGAACCUGUAUGAUAUUGUCUGCAGAAGCACCACAAACCACACACUCGUUUCAAAAAGCCGUCUUUAGAGGAAACACAAACAUGUUUACCUGCUGGUUCAAAAUCUGUUUCUGCUUGUAUAGCUCUUUCCUCUAUCUAUCGGCACACACUGUACAGGGAGGGAAUUUUUAUUUAACCCACUACUGGUUUUCUUCUCUUUUUAAAGUAUUAGUUUUUUUUUCAGUCAUAUUUCCUGUGUUUGUACCCAUGUGUACUACCAUAAAAAAAACGUUAAAAAACACAAAUGUGUGUAAACUUAAGAAGUGUUCAGACCCUGGCUGUGGGUUCGUCUCAAAUCAAAUCAAGAAGUCUGUGAGCAGAUAUUUCAUUUUAGUCAAUCACUAAACAACUAUCAAGUAAACGUGUGUGUGUGUGUGUGUGUGUGUGUGUGUAUGUGUGUGUGUGUGUGUGUGUGUGUGUGUGUGUGUGUGUGUGUGUGUGUUUGCACAUGCUCCUGUGUCUAUAACAGAGUGUGCAUGUGCUCAUGGGAAAUGUGACGAUGGCCUCGCAGGAAGUGGCAAGUGUCUUUGUUAUAAAGGUUGGAAAGGAGCUUCCUGUUCUGUAGGUAAGACACACUUAAACAAACACACACACACACACACACACACACACACACACACACACACAUAUUGACACACAAACCAACAAAGACUUCAAUUUGAAUACAGUCCACUCUUCUUCUAUCACCUGAAAUCUUUUUGUUUUUUACGUCGUAGAAAUCAAGGACGACGCCUGUCAAGGAGCAUGUGAUGAUAACGCCAAGUAAGUCUUCCUGCUGAGUGAAAUGAGCGAACACAGUCAGUCCAGAAACCCACAGCCACAGUGAGCAGGAUGAGCUACUGUUACCAAUAAACCCAAUGUGGUCAUCAGCUGAGAUGUCUGAUUGAGAGGCAGGGAGAGCAGCAGCAGAGACCUACAGAACAGAGCAGAGCAGGUAUCAGUGAUGAUACUUGUGACACUAGUGAAUCAGAUCAGGCAUUAUGAGGAGGAGCUGAGGUGGAGGCAGGUUUAUAGAGGACGUAGUGUCCAUUCUGUCAGCUGAUCCUGGCUGAUGUUGAGAUCAUCUGAUGAUCUGUGGGUUUCAUGAUCGACCUGUGACAUUAUUGACCAGUGUGUCCUCUGUUGCAGCUGUAUAACAGGACCAAAGGGUUCAGCUGCUGUGUGUGUGUGCAUGGCUGGAUAUGAAGGCAAUGGAACCCACUGUAAAGGUAAAAAGGCGCUUACACACCUAUGUACACAUACGUAUCCUUUAUGUGUAAAUAAAAGUUUUUGUUUGUUUUUUUAAUCUCUCUGGUUUUCUCAGAGCUGGAUUUGUGCAGCAGGUCUAACGGUGGAUGCUCAGAGUUUGCUAUCUGCACAAAGGUCUCCGCAGGUGAAAGGACCUGUACCUGUAGAGAGAGCUACACUGGAGAUGGGGUCGUCUGCCUGGGUAUGUAGCCAUGACUCUAAAUCUUUGUAUUAAAAAGGUAUGUAGUAUUAUUCUUUGGUACCAGAAUGGUCUGGGUUUAAAACUCUUAGUUACAGCUCUUGUAGCAGAAAACACCAUCAGACAAUACUUAAAAAGUAUUCAUGUUGUAAUUAUCAUGAAUGUUUAUUUUUUCUGUCUGGUGUGUUCUCACAGAGGUUGAUGGCUGUCUGGUGAAAAAUGGAGGCUGCCACCCAUCAGCAGACUGCAUCAGAGCGGGCCCUAACAUAGUGAGAAAACACUGUAGUGUGGAGAAAAAGUCGCAUGAUCACGAUGUAAAAUGUAAAAUUCUGGUCCAAAGAACUGGACCUGAGACUAAGCUCUGUUCAGGUCUGAUAAAGCUGGGUUAUGAUGGUCUCAUUUCAGUUUGGGUUUAGUAGCAUCUGGAUGAUUGUGUCAAUUAAACAUUUUUUUUUUUUUUAUCAUCUUCUUGGUGAAGAAAGUUUGUCUUCAUUUCAGUUUUCCAUAAACCACUGACUGGACUUUUCUCUCUGUGCUCGUCUCUAGACAUCCUGCGUUUGUCGGAUGGGCUUUGAGGGAUCAGGACGAUUCUGCUAUCCAGUCAACCCCUGCAAUACCGUAAGCAUGCGUCAUCAUGAGUUUCUGAAUCAUUCUGUUCUGAUAAAAUCAAAAAGAUUAUCUUCAAACUCAGCUGCUUUUAAAUAAUCGAGGGUGUCAAAAAACUGAGCUUCACCUGUUGGUUAAAAAUUGAUGUGAAAUCAUAAUUAUAAUACUCAGGCCUUUAUACAGCGGAGAGAGGAGUCAUUAACACAUUUAUUAUUGCUUUCAGACACUCUCAUUAGAAACUUAUAUACAGUUUAUAUACGAGUUGUAAACAUCAAUAAGCAGUUUAUGUACAAUAAUAAGACGUUAUAAGGAUCAAUUAAAGAUUAAUGAACAUGAUAUUAUUUCAGCUCAUAACACACUUGCAGGGAACUUCAUCCAGACUAUAGUAUAUACAACUUCCAGGUUAAAUGAGAAGUUUAUCGACAGUAAUUCAACUGUUUUAGCUUUUAUACUGUCAUAAUUAUAACUUAUAACUUUAAUUUUGCUCACAAGCUCACUUUGAAGCAAUCCCUGUAAUUCUGUGAACAGUUUAAAGAUCACUUUUUAACUUAAUUUAAAUAUUGUUUGACAUGAAAAACUCUUGAAAAGGUAAUGAUUAAUGUUUUGACGGGAUUAGUAAAUCCCUGAAGUAGUUUUAUAAUGAGAUUCACAAACUUCUCAAAGCAAUAAUGUCUCAGGUGCAAUAAUAAAUCUUUAUAUAAGCAUCUUAUAAGGUCUUACAGGUGGGUAAUUAUCUACUUAUUAAUGCUUAUCAAAAGGACCUGAAUAUUCGGCUGCUGAUAACACUGAAGAGACAAAACAUGGAGGCUCAACUCUGUCUUAUAUUCCCAGGUCUCUCCUGUAAAAAAGAUCUUGAUCUCACUGAGGCAGCCUGGUACAAUAAAGAUUGAAAUACAAAAAUUAGAAUAAAUACACAAUCAAAAAGAAUAAACCACGAACAUAGAGUCCUUAAAAAACAAUGUGCCAACAUGUUAUUCAUUUUUCUACCUCGUAAAUUGUAUUUUUUGUACUUAUUUGCACAAAGGCCUGUAGUUCAGUUUGAGAGCUUUUGAGAAUUAUUUGGGGUAGUCCACAUUUGAACAGAAGAGUUGAUUAAAAAUAAGUUUUAUUUUGUCAAUCACGUUUUUGGACGCGCGUCAAGAUGUUAACACAAUGUUCAUUUCUCAUGAUUUGGUCCAGGUAUGGAAGCCAGUUACUUUUUAGCUCAUUGUUUACAGUUGAGUUAAACUCAUGUUUGUAAUUUAGAAAACUAAACAUCAUGCCAAAUUCAGUGUGAAUAGUACCGUACAGUACCAUAGUUAUUAAAUAGAUGCAGCCUAAUUGAUCAUCUUUGACAGUUUAUAGCCUAACGCCCGAUUAAACAUUUUCCUUCCCCGUCUUUGUGGUUUUAGUGAGAAACAAACAUUAUUCUCAUCUCAACAGCCACCCAUCUUCUCUGCACUGACGAGUUUCUCUAAAUGUCAAACUGAGCUGAGCGUGUGGUUUUAGAUCGACUGGGGUAGGAGGGAACAUUUAGGCGAGUCCAGCUUCUUUGAGCUUCAAAUUUAAGGAUUCAGAGCACUCUGACAUCAACUGUCACAGCAGCUGAUGAAAUGUCUGCUCACAGUAUUUCUGCAGGAUCGUACCAGAUGAAAGUGUUUGAGUUGAACCCAGAAUGUAGUUUCAUCUUUAGCUGUACUUGGCGGCCCCCCAGCGAGGUGAUGCCUGCCGGAGAAGUGUGAUGGUUUCAGAGUACGGCAGGGUCUGGCAGCUGUGCCUCUCAGCUGGUCCCCACUAUCACAGGGAUGCAGCAAGUUUCUAAGGCAGAUACCGGCCUCAGAGUUGUUCUUAAAGCGGGGGAGGGCUGGUGGACGGAGCGGUGUGCAGAUAAAACUCUGCUCAACUCCCUGUCCUCAACAAGCCCGGUUUAAAGAAACAUGAAAGUCAACUGGAGGGCUGGGAGACUUCAUAUGAAGAUGAAAAGACUUGAGAAGGCCCAGAUCUCUCAGGGUUUUACCUCAGAGCCUCCAUACCGCAGAGUCAGACACACAUCAACAUACUUAGUCAAGCAAACACAGUUUAAUAAUAAUAAUAAUAAUACAUUUUAUUUGAAGCGCCUUUCACGUCACUCAAGGACACUUUACAGAACAUAUAAAAACAAUAAUAAAACACUAUUAACAAUUCAAAAUCAUUAAUCAUCAAACAGUUAAAAUCAACAAAGCAACAUUAAACAUGAACAACAGCAAAGGAAUAAAUAAAGAAAUUAAUAAUACCAAUUGAAAUUUAAUUUAAAAAAGUGGGUUAGGGGUGGUGGGAGGGAUAGGCCAGUUUAAACAGGUGUGUUUUGAGUUUGGACUUGAAGAGGGGGAGGGAGUCUAUGUUGCGGAUGUGUGAUGGUAAAGAGUUCCAGAGUCGGGGGGCAGAGCGACUGAAAGCUCUGCCCCCCAUAGUGCUGAGGUGAACAGGGGGCACAGAGAGGUGGAGAGAGGAAGAGGAACGGAGGUGGCGUGUUGGAGUGGCGAUGUGGAGGAGGUCAGAUAGGUAAGGAGGGGCGAGGUUGUUACAUGUGACAUCUUUUAGAAAUCUUGAUCAUUGUAAAAUCAGAGGAAGGACAAAAAUGACAUUUAAACGUAUUUUUUCAGGUUUUUGUCAUAAAGCCAAUAUGUGCCAUUCUAGUGAAAAGGACAGCUGUAAAAAUUAAACUUUGCCACGGGGUCAAACUUUUCCACUGUCUUUCUGAAUUUUGGGACAUUUUUCUGCACUUAUUUGGCCUGAAGUGGUCUUUUUUAAAGGCAUGCCUAUUUAAUCUGAAUAUAAACGUCUAAGUGUGUGUUUGCCUGGAAGGUUUCUGUGUUGCAUUAGUGUGAUGAUGAAGUCAGGGAGUGUCACUACUUCCUCUUGAUUCUUCUUCACUGUGAUCUCUGACAGGAUCACAGGAUCAUGAAUUGUCUGUAUUUUUAAAACAGUUGGAAACAUAAUUUUGGUUUGUUGAUGCACAUAAUACAGAUGCAUUUCAUAGUCAUCUCCAGGUCUGAAGAACAGUUAUUAAUGCUGCCUAUUUUCAGCAGAUCAGUGUCAGAAACUCUUCCUGUGUCUCUCUGCACUGUAAAUCUUUAUGUUACUGUUAUAUAAGUGCAUCUGUGAGGCUUUAUAACAACCAUCAUAACGGAUUAUAAGGAUUCAUAAGCGCUUACAGCAUUAUUAUCCUUUUUAUUUGGUGGCGCUCUUCUUGAGUAACAAAAAUAAAGAUAUGGAUUAUUUUCACACUUCACUCGAAGAGGAAGUAUUUGUGCACCGAGUGACUGAACUGUUAACAGCUAAACACAGGACUGUCAAGUGUUUACUGUGGUUUAGAGUCACUUUACUGUAACAGAAGUAAUCAAUGAUCUGACUCAGCUGAUCAGGAACAAAAUGAAUCAUUUAUGAGGAUGAAAAUGCCGUAGAGUUUUUGUAUUACGUAUCAGAAAUGAAAGCGACCCUUUGUGUCUGUGUGUGCAGAACAACGGUGGCUGCAGUAAGUACGCUCGCUGUGAGUAUCUGACUCAGGGUCGGAGGAACUGCACCUGCAACAGAGGUCACAUUGGUGAUGGCUUUGAAUGCCGUGGAUCCACCAACAAUGUGAGUCACAUGACCUUCGGCGUACUCUCUGAUCUUUGACCCAUCCCAUGACCCCCCCUCACAGAAAGUUCUGUUGUCUUUCUUGCAGGAGAUCUUCAGGCAAGCAGAAAACUCCCUCUUCCGCCAGAUGAUGUCUGUGAGUCAUAUCGAUGUCAGCCAAUUAAAAUGUAAACCUCUAAAACCAUGAGAGUUUGUAAGAACAGAUUUGAAUGGUUUGGUUUAGGGCAGUCCAGUUUCUCAGCAGGACUCUUCUACUACAGAGCCGCGCUGUUGUAAUCCUGCAGAAUGUGGUUUGUCAUUGUCUUCUGUGGAACAGACUUCUGUGUUUCCUCCCUGGAUCCACCACUCAGCCAUUGUCCAAUUGUAACAUAGAAUAAGUUAUCCACACCAAAACAGCAGAUGCUUGACUAGGACCAGAAGGGUAGGAUGAACUAAGUGCUGGACCAUCACCACGUAUUGAAACAGUGAAGCUGUGUGUCUCAGAUGGUUCCUGUUUGCCGCUGUAGGAUACUCAAACAAUAAAGCUAUGGAUCUAAAAGAAAAGAGGCCCUUAUUAUCAUGACUAAGAACUCUCUGAGGUACCAUUAUGUAAGAGACUUAAUAUUGUGAGUACUUUAGGGAGGAGUCUUUACUUUGAGGGACUCAGAGUGACACCACCAAAGAGGACUUUUACAGGACCGAGAUUUUCUUUGUUACCCCAGUCUGGAUUCUGCAGAAGAUAUGCUUAUUGACUUUGUUUGUUUGCAUGGUGAAUAUGGAUGCAACUCGGACAGACUCCUCUCCUGAUUUGAAUCUGCAUGCUGUUCUUCAAGAAGACUCAACACUUAGACUAGGCCAGGUCCUCUCAAGGGACAGCUUCAGCCUCGCAUCUGCACCAAGAAAUUGAGACACAUCAGAAUUCACAGAAAUCCCAGGAAGGCCAUUUUUAGUUUUACAGUAGAGCGGUGUAUUGAAUUCAGAUAGGCUCAUGUUGUUUUGCAGACAGAUCUGUAGAGGUCUAGUUUACCUGAACUGUUUAUUUUCUUCUUUUCAGAAAUCAAACAUUAAUGCUCUAUCCGGUUCUGGACCGUUCACUGUCUUUGUACCUGAUGCCCAAAGCAACCCAGAAUCUGCUGUAUGUAGAACCUGCUGUUUUAUAUUAUCCAAUAAAACAGUGAUUAUGCUGCUUUUCUUGAUCUAGAGUGUCUCUUCUGUCUGUGUGUGUAUAAAUGUGCUUAUGUGUGUAUAUAUGUGUGUGUGUAGUUUGAGGAAUGGGAAGCCAGUGGCCGUCUUGAUGAACUGACUCGUUACCACAUCGUUUCCUGUGAGACUCUGACUCUGAGUGACCUCAAAACCACCAAGACGGCUGUCUCUACAUCCGGGGAAACACUUCACUUCAGCUUUCAGGAUGUAAUACACACACACACACACACUUACUCACACACGCACGCAUACACACACACACUGAGCAAAACGGAAAACUGACUAUAAAUGAAAUCUGUUUUUUUCUUAAUAGCUGUUGUCAUUCGACGUCCCCAAGUUUCUUUCAUCAUUAUGAGCAGUAAAAAUAAUCCACAAUUUUAAUGAUGUCUUUAUCUUUGAGAAGUCCAGCCCUCCAGCAGAAGACUGAACUCAGACUAGAUCACAAAAAGAAAAUGUGAAACUCUGAAAUGAGUCAAACAAGAGUAAAUGUGUGCCUCACCUGUCCUUCCCUCCACACCUGUUUCUCUCCCUUUGCAGGGUUCACUUUGGGUCAACAACGUGUCGAAGAUCGUGGCGAGCGAUUACACCACAUCGAAUGGAAUCAUCCACCGAAUUAAUAACAUGUUGACGCCCUACAAGCUGCAUGACAAACCGAACCUCCGCGUAAAUAAGGUGCGCUGAGCUCUACCAAAAAAUGAUAAAAAAUGGAUGAUCAAUCAUGUUUGACAAAUAAACUGAGUGACCGUUCUCUGUUGCUCCGUUUAGAUGAAUCUCACCUCUGCAGCUCAGUUUUAUGGCUACACCCGCUUCUACAAGCUUGUGGAGGUAAACAAACCAAAUGAGCUGCACCUUCUGGUUUUAUUUCCUCUCCUUUUAUUCGCCUGUCAUUCAUCUGCCCUCUACAAUAAUAUAUUCUAUUACUCCUCUUCCUCCAUAAUCAACAAUAAUAAAAAUAAAAUCUAUUUGUUUUGCUCAGUAUCAAGACAGGAUCAAAUGUACUUGAUUGUCUACAGAGGGCAAUAGUAAAUAAAGGAUAUAAAGCUCAAUGGAGCUGUUCAUCCCAGGAAAACAGAGAGGCAUCUGUAAACACAAAUCAAGUAGAAUCAAUAAAUGUGUGAAAAUAAAUCAGAUUCUCAAAUAUGAACACUUUACAAGCAGACCGAAUAUACGAGAUACGAGGCGAGUUAAUAUUAUUUAUACAUCACAUUUUUGCAAUUCAAGGAGCUUCACUCCAAGUGUUUAAAGAAUGGAGAAUUACAAAGGUCAGAAAAAAAACAAACAUUCAAAAAUCAUUAAAAGGUGAAAUUCACAAUAGUUAAGACAAAACAAUUAAUACCAAAACAAUUGAAUGAAAUACAUGAAGACUGGAGGCUAAAAAGGUAGAGCAGGUCCUCUCCUUAGUUUGGGUUAGAGGCAGAGAUGAUUUAUAAGCUGUGUUUUGGUUUUGUGAGUCCAAUAAAACGUUCAGUAAGAAACGAUUCAGCUUGAAAUAAAGACAUGAAUCAAUGAAAGUCCCCCCACCCAUAUCUUCACAUCCUCCUUUUACACCUACUUCUCUCUGUCCUUCACAUCUUUUUUAUCACGACUUUCUGCAUCCGCCUACAACUAUCCCUCUGCACUUUUCACCUCGUCUUAUCAGUACUGACAACAGAAGAAACACUGUGAGGACAACUCUGAUGUUAGCCAGGAAUUCACUCAAAACUGCAAACACAUUCCCUGAGUCAAGACACUAAUGUUUUGAAUUUGUAAGACAUUCUUCCUUCACAUUGUGAAAGUGUCCUGAUAGAUUUAACCAAUAGGGAUGAGAGCAGACUUUGUCUCAGCGGGAAACAAAUGAGAUUAGAGACUAGACCUGUUAUAUUUUUAUUACAUGUAAAAUCUAUACUGCGUCUCUCUUCACAGGAUUCAGGUUUAAUGCCCAUGGUCCAGACUAGCAUUCACCAGCCAUUCACCAUGUUCUGGCCCACAAACCAAGCCCUCGACUCUCUGCCAGCUGAGAGAAAGACCUGGCUCUCCAGUCCAGACAACCAGAACCUGCUGGCUGCCACUGUGAAGGCGCACAUGAUACGCAACUCAAAGGUCGUUGGAGAAGUGUUAAGUGAUAAAUGCAGAGUUUUUCAGCAACUGAUUUCCUGCUUUUUUUUUACUUAAAAAUUUAACAAUUGAUGCAAUAAUGAGAAAAGCAGAUUUUUGUGGCUCACGAGCCCCCUUGCUCACCCCACCAAUGGGGACCUUUAAGGCCAAGAGGCUGCUGUAAUACAUGCAAAAUAUGAUCAUCCAUUUGCCAAGUUUGUACCAUCAAAAGUUUCUAUCAAUAUGAAAUCUCUUGUCUCUUGUACACAACGGCAACCUCUUCUUUGAACCACUGCAUUUCAGAUUUCCACUUAAUCAAUGCAAAAACAUGUAUGUGAACACUUUUUAAUGCGCCUCUGUAGAGACAUGGUGGAGCAAGAUGGCGCCCUCUGUGUGAGGAAAGCCACUCCUGUGUAGCUGCAGAUACAUGCUUGUUCUUAGUUAACAAAGAAUACUUGUAUGGUGAUUGUACACUGAUUUAAACAUACUCAUGUGACACACUUCACCUUUAAAUUUCAGAUAAGGAAUUAUGUUACUGAUUUGAAGCAGUUGUUUGUUGGAUCCAAAUCACGUGGUUGUUUCUCCACUUUUGCGAAAACAGACAUGUUGAAGUUCAAAUAUUCAGAAUUUAACAACCUAAAUGCAGUUUUCUAACCACAGUGUUCCCCUCUAUGCUCCUGUUUACCUGUAAUGAUGCUGAAAUUUUAGAGUUUCAAAGGUGAUUAAAAAGGGAGGUCAGGGUGUCCUCUCAGUUUUUAUUCCUUCUCACAUUAUCCACCGAGAUCCAUAAUUCUGGAGUUCUUCGUGACUCGAAGAGGAGCUGUAGGGUUAGGAGGAUGAAGAGGGAGCGUGACGUCGAUAAGACAAAUCCACUUACAUUUUUCUGUGUGUGUGUGUGUAGGUACUGAGUGUCAGUCAGCCAUCUAAACUGUCUUCGUUCAGGACCAUGCAUGGAUCCAAGCUCAUGUUCUCAUGUGACAAGACCCUGGUGGUGAGAAGACACUUAAAUGUUGUAACUGGUAUUAAACCUGUGCAGCAAUUCGGUUACCUUCCAGCUGAGGCUGACUGACUGUUUUUAAACUGACGUGAAUGUUCUGACUCUGUGUCCGUGUGUUCAGGGGGCUGUGCUGAUUAACGGAAACCAGGCCAAGAUAGUGGAGCGCUACAUGAACUUCAAAGAGGGCGUGGCCUUUGGCAUCGACCAGCUGCUGGAACCACCUGGUGUGGGAGCGCACUGUGACGGCAUGCAGAACAAGACCACUAAGGUAAGUUUUGCUAGCACUGAUACUUAAAAUAGAUAUAUUAACAAAUCUCUCUAAGAUAUGAGACAUACUGUAAAAUCCUGUGUAUAAGACACACAAUCCACGUUUUGUCAUCUUGAGCUGUGUCCUUUACACAGGUGUAACCAAUAUACCAGUGAAAAAUGCCAAGAGGUGUUUUGUUGCACUACAGCAUUCUACCCAGAAGAUGGCGCUCAAUGAAUCAAAGAAACAAACACUGCCCUCACUAGAACUGCAGUUUCAAAUAUGGCCGCUUUUUGGUUUGACAGCCGACCUUUGUCCUUGUUUUAGAAGCUGAAUUGAAGCUUUCUUUCUCGAAAUGUCUCAGGGUCGCUGUGGGAGCUGUCUGAAUCCUCCACACUGCCCCUUUCGAAACAAAGACACGGUAAGACCUGCCUCUCUGUGCUUAAAUAACCCUGCAUACACUCAUGAUACAUAAACCAUCCAAACUGGAACACCAUCUCUGUCUUGUUCCAGGGAAACACAGAGACCUGUUUGCACUUACGCUCUGGUUUUGGACGCGGCUACUCCCGCUGGGCUUACAUGGACAUGGAUUUUGGUGGGACGGGCUGUAGGAGAAUAUGUCAGUUUAGUUCCUGGUCCCAAAAGUGCUGCAAAAACCACUACAGCCGUGACUGUGAAGGUAUGGAAAGAAAAGAGGCUUUUAAGUGAAACAUUUUUGGGUUCAUCAUCCAGUGUUCAGAGUCUGAUCUUGGCUCUCUCUCUGUGUGGCCUCUCCAUUGUGUGUUCAAGCUCUGCAGAAUAAUGGGUGUGGAUCCAGAUUCUGGUAUUUACAGGUGUCAAUGACGUCUCCACGGCACUUGAUGGGGCUGAUUCUGUUACAGCAUGUCUGUAGUGAGAAGGAAGCCCUUUUUAGGUACUGUUAAACAAUUGACUCCACUUGUUCUUUAUGUGGGUUUCAGUUUGUCCAGGUGGUCUGGAGGCCCCUUGUGGAAAUCACGGCGAGUGCGAUGACGGUUUAUUCGGUUCAGGCAUAUGUAAGUGCCAAGACGGCUUCAGAGGAAAGGCCUGUGAGCUGUGUAAGCCCGGCUUCUACGGCCCCAACUGCACAGGUAGACCAACACACACAAAAAUAUCCCACAGUCUGAUCACAGGGCACAGGGGUCUCACUCAUGGGUAUCACUUAACACCACACAGUGUUCACAGCACCAUCUUCAGGGCCAGUCUAGGAACCACAUGUCAAAAAUCAUCAUGUCUCCUGUUUGCUGUGCUGAUAGGACAAUGACAUUUUCGAUGAGAGUUGUCUAUUCAUGAGAGCUGUAGGUUGAAAUGUAUAUAUUUAAAAGAGUAAAAUCAAAGAUUUAAAGGGAGUAGGGUUGUUGUCUGAUGAGUAAAAGAACAUCGCAACUUUGGGUCGUUGUUGGUCUAUUUGUUAUUUUGAAGAGGGAGAUAAGAAGAGCAGCAACCUGCACUAAAACAGGGAAUGUAGAGCAGAUGUGACAUUAUAUUUUAGGAUGGAUUUUAUUAAUAACUGAAGACUCAGACUCUAAGCUUAUUAGCCCCACAUCAUCAUAAGAAUCCAGAUUCUGGAUCGAUGGUGCAAGAAACUGAGAGCAGGCAGCCUGAGCACACCUCUGAAGUUGUCUUGUCCUCAGCUGUUGACUUCAAAAACACAAAGUACUAACCCUAAAUUAAAUGUCAAUAUGAGUAAACGGUGUGAACUAGAACUAGGAGUUCAAAUAAAGAAAUAAGGAAAUGAAAUGAGGUUCAUCUCAAGCAGCACAGAAGGUGUAAAUAUUCAGAAACACAGAAAGAAAAGAUGAUUCAAACUUUGAGUUCAACUUACUUAAGGGAAAAAGUAAAAAUUCCUCCAGAUAAAUAUUUGUCCGUUUGUUUUUAUCUCUUAAGAGUUCUUUUAAGAGGAAAUGAAAUUCAGUUUGUGGCUCCCUCUACUUGGAUGAUCAAAAGGUCACUGGAUAGUUCAACAUCUCGUGUUCAGUUUUCCUUUCAAGUUUUUUUCAGCAUCCACAAAAAAAAACAACAACAAAGAUUUGCAAAUUCUUUUUUAACUUACACCUAACCACACAAGACAAGUUAUUUAAUCCUCAAACUGAAAAACUUUUACUUAUUUAUUUAUUUUUUUGAGAUCAACCCAACACUUACCUUUUGUCCACCAUGCUCUUACAUAGAACUGUCCCUCCAUCAAGUCAAGGGGGCGGGGCUCCUUCACGUGGUGGUGGAGCGGUGAAAAAUGAUCCCAUUCCUCGAUGUAUUUUUAGACGUUGUUAAAGAAGUAGGCUGUCCUCUUUUUCCCCGGAUCCAACACAAUUAGCCAUCCUCAAUUAAAGCGUAGAAUUGUUGUGAUCCAUAUGAGAAAAAAUGGUCCUGGCCUCUAAAGACACCGCUAUGUUCAAAGCCUAAAGUAACUCUGAACUUUGGCCAAGGUUUGAAGAUACCCUGUACUUUAGGGAGGAAACUUUAUCUCCAGCAGCUCAGAGUGACAUCAAGGGAAAAGGGGUUGACCCGUGAUCGUGGGUGUAGGUGUACGCCUACAAAGAUGUGCUAUGAGAGGACUGUCUGUGCUCUGUUAGCUCAGUGUGAAUCCUGCAGAAGUCUAGCUCAUUGACUUUGUUGAAUUAAGUUUCUUGGAUGCAGCGGGAUCCGGCCGGACUCAUCUCCUGAUCUGAAUCUGCAUGCUUUUCUUCAAGAAGACUCAACACUUAGCAUAAUAAAGAGGAGCAGACUUAGACUACAGAAGCCUAUUUGGGACAUCUCGUGCCAGGCAAGAUCACCAAGAUUUUGAAUUGAGACACAGCAUCGUUCCCAUUGUCACCGCGAUAUAAAUGUGUAACUGAUUUUUCAGGAGGCGAGUGUUCGCAGGAUCCUUUUUAUCCGACCUUCUCAAGAAGAACUUGAGAGGACCAGGACGAACCAGUCUGGUGUAGUGUCAUCUAACUCCUCUUCACACCCUAAAAAAACCCCGUCUGAAGUCAGCCUCACCCCCUUUAGCUCUACUUCAGUCUGUCGCCAUAGCAACGGUCUUUACUCACCCUCACACAGCUGGAUGUUGUUCAAACAGACUAAACCGUCAACUGUCUUCACCCAGGUUUACCUUCUAAGAACAGGUUUUAGCUCGUGUAACCAGCUGCUGAUCAUCUUCUCUUCAGAUGUCUCCCAACACACAAGUCAGUGUCACACAUAAAGAUGGACCUUUUCCCAGCGUACAAGACCAAAACCUAAAUACCCCAGUGACACCAGUGAUGACAUUUCGAGGUCUUUGCAGCAGCAGUAUUGACGUCCUGCUCCUGUCACGGGCCAACACAAAUAUUUAACUUUACCAUAACACAGCAAAAAUUCUUCAGGUCACCUCCGAGCUGCAGCGUUAUGUUUUCACACCCUUUAAUCUCCAUUUUCCAGAUUCAUGACCCUCCUCCAGGUUUCAACUCUCGGGAUAAGCAAAUGAAGGAGUCAUUUGUAUAAUCUCUCGUGUCUAAUCGCAUCUUUGUGUGUAAAUCACUCGUGCAAAUGAUUUAAUUUGUGUCCGUCGUAAACACAGCACGACAGAUUCUCAAAGCAGAUAUCUGUGCUUAUGAAAAGUUCGAUUACUCUUGAUUUCUUGUUUGAUUUGUGUCUUUUUACUGUUCCUCCUCCACUUCAUUCUGUUGGUCAAACAAGAAAAAUCCUGAUCAUUUGAUCUCAGUAGGAUAAAAAAUAGGGUGUCGAGAAAUCUGGGCCAGCUGUGAGCUACAAAUUAAGAUCAGUCAGUGAGUUCUGGGACUCGAUAGACUAGGGUGUACAAACAAGUCAAAUUAUGAUGCAUACUGAAUGGGUUACCUAAAGCAUUGACAAAUCAACAUUGUUAUCCACUUGUUUUGAUAUCCCUCUAAAAGAAAAGAACAGCACUGAAGCUUUGACAUCUGAAAUCACUCCUCAGCAUUAUCUACAGAUCAUCUGAUCAGAUUGAAGGAGGUGUUUUGUGCUGUUUCUCUGUUCAGCCUGCAGCUGCGGGGCUCAGGGCAGGUGUGAAGGAGGGAUUGAAGGGUCUGGGAAGUGUACAUGUACGCCAGGGUGGGAGGGCGAUCGCUGCCAGAACAAAAUGGGUAAGUAACACCCCACCCCCCAUGUUACAGUAUGAGAACAGUUUAUUUAAACGACUCCAGUUUGUUUGAAAUUGUACUCUCAGACCUUCAUUCCAUCUUCAUGUGCCCUCGUGUUCAGGCUCCAUCCCAGAGGAGUGUCGGCAGUGCCACUCUGAGGCCGACUGUGUGCCAGGUGUUGGUUGUCAGUGUAAAUCUGGGUUUCAGGGGAACGGCACCUUCUGCAGCCCAGAGCCACGUGAGUAUUCUGCAGCUUCCAGAAAAGUUCACCAGCUGGAGAUGCUGUAAUUAUGCAGCCCACUAUCAGCUUGAAAACAGUGAUUUCUGUUUUAGUCUCAUCUAAACCGAAGUAAUCUGAGUGUGGAUUUGGUUUUUGGAGUAUAACAGUAACUGAAUCUGCAGUUAAGCUAACAGUAUGGCGUAUGAACACGAAAGGCAAAUGGGACAAAGACAGUUUUUCUGGUUAUAUUGAAUGACAGAAAAUCAUCGUGAAGUAUCCAUCAAACCUGAAAUUAAACCAGCUGUAGUUAGUCUCUCUGGUUUUUACCCAAAGUGAACACAGGAAAAAUCAACCAGACUGAGAAUUUAUGGUUGGGGUCUGUUUUUGGGAGCGAGUGACCCCAACACAUUCUUAGGUUGAGCUCACAUGCCCCCUUUGAGGGCUGAGCUGAUAAACCUGAUACUUCCCAGUCAAGGUGAGAGAGCGAAUGUUUAUUCGAUAAGGUGGUCCUGCAGCUCUUUUCUGCUGGCAAUAAACAAUCCUGUCUUUGUCUCUUUGAAAUGGAAAGGACAAAAUGUUUAUCCCUUUGGGAGGAUACUCCUGGGUUAUCUCCUAAAGACAGGAGGUUGUAAAAAGACCAUGAUUUGGUGUGAAAGGGUCACACCAUCUCGUCUCCAGUGACCACAUGUAAACAUUACAUUCCUUCUGGGUUGUUUGAGGUGAGAAAGUGGUCGUCUCUGCAACACCACGUCCAGCACGACUUGCCCAAAGCAUUUUAACAAACUUGAUAGAAACUACAAACUCUAACCUUCAACACUUGACAAGAGCAAAUCCUCCUGUGAGCGAGCUCAAACUUCACUCUGACUGUGAAGGGUUAAUGUUGGGUCUAAAACCUGCAACAAAUGACUCAAACACAAAGAAGAGAAAGACAGCGGUAUUAGAUUUCUUACUCGUGAGGAGAACGGACAGAGAUACGUUCAGUUACAAUCUCCAACCGCUCUGAUCUUGUCGUCUCCUCUCUUUUUUAAUAUCCUCAGGGUGGUCCCUAGUUACAAAACACUGCAUGCACUAAAGGGUGGGGAAACAGUCUUGCAGCAGCGUGUUUGCUUACAUCACUCAUAAUCAUUAAGAAGCAGACAAUCUGUGAGGGUGAGGUGACCUUGCUGACAUUUCAUAAUCUCCUUCUUAUGAUAGGAACGGUUCCUCCUCUACUAUUACUCCCACGUCUCACAGCGGAGGUUACAAAACACAUACCUGCUAAUUGGAGAAACAAGGUCAGAGAAGUUAGAAAACACUCAGGAGUACUUUCUCAUGUGCUGUGGAACAAGAUGUUAAAGCAGUUCAGUUCUGACUGUUAACUUUAGGGGGGUGGUCAUUUCAACUAGCUGCAACCUUCAAGUCUCUGUAGAAAUCUCAAGGUCAACAGGAUACUCUUUAAUUACCAGAGUCCAGCAAAAUUGAAUCCAGAAAGUUUUAUUCUUCUUUGCAGACUCAUCAAACCUGAUCAGAUCUGCAGAUCAUACUGACCUAAUGCUGCUGAAACAUGUCUUCAUAGACCCUCAGCUGUGAGAUCUAACAGUGUCUUAUUACAUCAAGUCUUUUGGAAAGACCCCAUGUUUCCUGAUACCAUGCAGUCAUGGAAAAAACCCAGAUAACCCUCUGCUCAGUAAUUACCAAAUGCAGGUAGUCCCUCUCUGCUAACAGGACCCCCUUUCUUCAGAAAAGAGAAACCCUCUUUCUGGAUAAUUCCUGCACCCAUCUCCCUUUAUUUCCCAUUUGCUCAUGUUGAUUUUCCUCUAAAUACAUUUAUUUUAAUAUAACUUAAGAGUCAGAUGUGGUGCUCCAUUGACCAUCGUAGUCAAUCAUGUGAUGUUACUUAUCUAUUGCAUGGCACAGUCACAACAGUUUAUCAUUGAUGGCAAUGAUCGUAUCAAGAAGUGAAGGAUUUGUUUAAUAAAGUAAUAAAACUCAAACAUCAGCAGCUAACAGAAUUCAAAUACAGUUAUCAGACUCCUGUUGUUUUUCCCCUGACACUCUUGUCAGGUCUGGAGGAGAGCCAGCAUCACUUCCUGCGUCCUCUGGGAGAUCAGCUCUCAGUCUGUUCCUGAAGAGUGAAACACUGACAUGGUGAUGUGAGAUAAAGUCACUGACUAAAGGAGAGAUUUCUUAAGGUCAACAGCAGUAACAAAUUCACUGCAUUGACAUUAAUGUUGUAUUUUUGAGACCCCUUACUGGUUCAACAGUCACCAAAUUUUGUUUUUUAGUUUCUAUUUUACAAUAUCUCUUUUUCUUGUUCUGUGGAAGAAGUAGUGUUUUUUUUUGCAGAUACACAACCCUUCAGACCAGCCUUUCUCAAACGUCACGGUUGUCAGAGAUAUGGGUUUCAACCUUGUCAUGUUGAUUUCCUCCCUUAUUUGUGCUGCUGUCUUUCUCUGAUCUCUCUUACUGAUGACAAUGCUCUGUUUAUCCUCUGCUUUUGUAGUAACUCUCUUUCAUCCAGGUCUUUUCAUAUCAUCAUAACUUCCAGGUUCCUCUAGUCUCUUCAGAGUGGAGUGGACUCCUUUGUUAAACACCUUUAGGCGUUUUGCAAUUUCUCUUUCUGUGUAUCCUUCUUUCCUUAAUGUACAAAUCUGUACUUCUGUGUCUUAACUCAGUUACUUCUUUCUAGCCAUUUUUGCAGUAGUUUGAACGCAGUUGAGAUUUAUUAGGAUUUUUGUCUGCAGACUCUCGAGCCAAAAAGUUGAAGUGAAUAAUCCAACUGUGAUUUGUUUUUUUGCUUUUGCACUGAAGUUGUGACUCUUGCAAAUGUUUUCGACUCUAAAACUAAGCCCUUAUUAUCCUCUGCUGACAUACAUUUAGCAAUGGUCUGUUAACAUCGAUGUAUAUCUAAAGGUAAAUGGAGUAAAAUGGUGCAUUUCCAUGUGAGCAACAUCUGAUCAUGGAGUAAAUACAUCCCAAAAUACAUAAAACUCAUGCUGGAUUUAAAAAAAAAGCAUUGUGAACAAAAACUUGAAGUUACUCCCAACUGUUUGGCCUGUAAUGGCCUUGCUUCCAAACUUUUGGCCUGUAGUGUAUAUAUUUGUCCUCCACUGGUGUAUGAAUGUGAGUGUUGUGGGGUGACAGUUGGAGAGGCUGUAGACGCAAACUCGCAGCCACGUUUCCGUCAGUCUGCCCCAGGGCAGCUGUGACUACCAACGUAGUUUACAGCCAAAGAUAUCAUAAAUUUAUUUAUUUGUUUAUUUAUUUAUUUAAAAAAAAAACUGUUGAAUAGCUGAAAAAUCAUAUUUCACAUUCAAAAAUCCGGAAACUUGUCUCCUGAUCGUCAAAUGUUAACAGAGUGUUGUUAAAAAGAGGUUAGUUAAAAUUAGCAUUUGUUAUGUAAUAGCCAUUAAUCUCCAAUGGCCAUUUAUUUAAUGAAGUAUUUGUGAAGCACCGAGGUGGUUAAUCAGACCUCAGGGGGGCCAGUGUCACCUCUUUUUACCCUUCUAGAUACACCCUUGUCAGAGUCAUUAUCGGAACAUUAUUUACAAAGUAAACAUCAUGCCAAAAUGUUUAAGACUUUAAACUAGCAAAUGAUGAAUUAGGAGAAAGUAAAGUCAAAUUCUCAAACCAGAGAAACAGUCGUCAAAAAUUCAGAUAACAGGUUGUAAAUUUGGAUGAAUGAGUUUUGAAACCCGACCAUGAAGCUGUUGGCUCUCCACAUAUUGGAUAAUAAUGUGAGGGAUGUGUAGAUAUGAGGCGGACACGUUUACAGAUCAGCUUCAACCCUUUGUUGUGACAUGAAUCUACAUCAGAUGACGGCUUUAUUAAACUCUGCAGCUCCAGACCUCUGCUCCGAGUAUAACGGCGGCUGUCACCAGAACGCAGACUGUAACCAGACAGGACUGCUCGUCAACUGCACCUGUCGCAGCGGUUACCAAGGAGACGGCUACUCCUGUGAGCCCGUCAACAGGUGGGUGCGCCCUGUCAUUUUCUCUGAUUUGAAUUCCUGUCUCUCUUCAGUGGUUUUUGGACCAGUUACAGAGUGUGAAGGAGGUCCACAGCUGCUGUUGUUGUCUCUCUCCAGGUGUAUUGAAGAUAAUGGAGGCUGCAGUGACUUUGCCUCCUGCAAGUUUACUGGCCCAGUAAGUACAAUCUUUUCCUAUGAACUUCAGUUAUUAAAUUACGUCUUAUUUUUUUAAUUUUGAUAAAGGGCAGACUGUUUUCUGGACUAUAACUUGUAUAAAAAAAUGACAGCUAUGACAUGUGAGCUCUCCAAAAGGGAUGCCUAAACACGACUUCUCAAUUACCUCGACAAACUGCCUGCAGUAUAGAUUAGAAGAUCCGCCUCCCCCAUGUAAACAGAUGGGACAUGAGUUAGUCUAUCGAAUCAAAAUACAUGAUAGAUGUUCUUUCCUCACAGUUGGUGUCUGUUGUUAUAGUUCGUUCUCUUGCUGCUGAUUUAUGCCCCAAUGCUCUGAAUUUAUUCUUAGGGGCGGUUUAACACAACGAAUGAUUAAUUCCCUGCUUUGACCCGAUCUCUUACCGUUAUGUUUUUCUAGAAUGAGCGAGACUGCGAGUGCUUGCCGGGAUAUGUAGGUAAUGGCGUCCAGUGUUUGGAGAAAGUGGUGCCCCCUGUUGACCGCUGCCUAGAGGACAACGGAGGUUGUGACCCCGUGGCUACAUGCAAAGACCUGCAUUACCAUGGUAACACACUUGGAGGAGCCUGUGUCUGCAGUGACAUGAUGUUUUAUUACAGCUGCAGUGGGAGUUUUGAAGGAUCCAGUCUUCAUUGCUAUUGCUACGAUACAUUUUAACUACACUGCACUGACCUUUACUGUGGUUAUGUUACCAUGGCGAUGAAGAACACUGUUAAGCAGUUAGAGGUUUAAAAUUGCUUUUAUGGGACUUGACUGGAAUACCAAUCAACAUGCAGAUUGCUUUGUGCUUUUUCGUAAGGGGGAGUUGCUAAUGUAGGUUUUAAGAAUUGAAACAGACACCUAACAGCCAAUCGGAGAGCACAGUUUUAUUCACUGCAGUGGAAAUCAUUUUGGGUUGUGAUCAGCUAAGAUUUCUCACCAUCACAUUUAAAUAAAUAUAUCACUCGGGUUAAAAACGGUACAGUGUCUGUCAGACUGAUGUUUAAUCGAAGCACUCUGUGUGUUUUGUGGUUCAGCCAAAACAGCCGGAGUGUUCCACCUGCGCUCUCCUGAGGGGAAGUAUAAGAUGAACUUCAGUCAAGCUGAUGCUGCCUGCCAAGCCGAGAGCGCCACGUUGGCCACCUUCAAACAGCUGGGAGAUGCACAGCAGGUACACCUGCUCUCAGAGGCUCACCUUAAAAGAGAGUCAAUGAGCUUCUUGUUGUUGUUAACAUUUAAAAAAAUACUGAACCUCACUCUUAAAGGAAAUGAAGCUGUGUUUGUUUCCAAAAUACUGAAACCUUAAGCCAAGUUUAUGAAAAUUUAAAUGACGAACACUCUUGCUUAUCAAAUUCUAUUAUCAAAAAAGUCGCUAACUAAAGGAAAACACUGUCUGCAGGAUUGCUCAUAAUUUACUUAUUUAAAAUUGUAGAAUGAUGUACACUGGCUCAUUUUAGUCCUCUUAGAAUACUCUGUGGGUAUAAGUUUUUAUACAUUACCAUACAUCAUUUUUCUUGCUAGCUAACAUUAGCUUGUGUUUCACUGAGGUAAAAAAUGUUGAUGUGCAGUUGGAGGUGCACUUUUCUUGACACACAAGUUUCUUUGGAUGGGUAAUUCUCACAGCUGCACUCAGCAAUAACUUCUACAGUUCAUUGUUAAGUAUACUCUUUGUUCUCAAAUCUACUUUGCAGCAAAGCAUGCUGGUAUUGCUGAUGUUUAUUCACUGCUCUCUUCAUUUAUAUCUCCUUACAUCCUUACAGCUGGGGAUGCAUCUGUGUGUGGCCGGCUGGCUUGAAGGCGGAAAGGCGGGAUACCCAACUACCUUCCCCUCCGUCAGGUGUGGAGGAAACCAUGUUGGCUUGGUCAUAUACAAAGAACCCGUGGAUGUGAGCCUCAAGUACGACGCAUACUGCUACAGACUCCAAGGUAGAAUGACGGCAGACAGGACUGCUCCACCCUGCUGAUGUAUCUGUGCUAACUCUGUGUCGAUACCACUGGAGAUUAUUCCUGCUCUGUACCAUGUCCUGGUUUCAUCUGUUUAUGUUGGAUUUAUGAUCUUGGGAUGGCACGAACAAUCAUUAUCAAAAUGAUUUCUGACACUUUUAUAAAUGAGACUCAAAGAUGAAAUAUGUACAUCUUAGUCACAGAACUUUGGGUCAAAACAUAAAAAUUCACCGUAUUGAUAGUUUUUUAAAAUAUUUAUUUCUAAAAAAAAUUAAAAAUGGGAUUUUAUCAACAUCACUUCAAAAAAAUUAGUAGAAGACCCAAAGUAAGGACAGUUGUGAGUCUGUGGAUGUUAAAAAAAAAGUAUUGACUGUUAUGGUUUUUUUGUGUUUGUGUAGAUGUGUCCUGUGUGUGUCCUGCUGGUUACAUCGGAAACGGAGAUUUCUGUAACGGCGUCCUGACCAGCGUGCUCGCGACCCACAGUAACUUCUCCAUUUUUUACAAAGUGAGUGUGACAGGUGGACCCUUGAGUUAAAGUCCUGAGAUUUUGCUGAAUGCUCUGUAACUCAAAUUGUAUAAACAUAUUUCACCUGACUAUUUCCUCUUCCUCUCAGUAUUUGAUGGACUACAGCAUCUCCUCCUCGCAGGGACAACAGCUGGUUGAUUUCCUGUCUCACAGGAAGACUGUGGUCACUCUGUUUGUCCCUCAUAAUGCUGGUUUUACUGGAAACAAGGUGAGAGACUAUUAUGUUUGAUUGAGACCACUGACAGAAACAUAUUUUUGAAUUAAUUAUUACUUGUCUGAUCUGUGCACUGGCUUAACUACCAGCUACGUUUUAUCAGUGUUCCCUUUUUCUUUUUUGAUUGUUUAUUUUUAUGCUUAAAGUCCUCUGAACAAAAGAUAAGAAAUGCAGGAAAAAACAUAACAACAUGAACAACGAAGAUUUGGAGUAUUAGAGGGGAAAUUUAUUGUUGACUCACAGGAACAGUUUUUAAGGUAAAAAUAAAGGGCCCACAUUAUGAGCCCUGAGGAACUCCAAACUUAAGAUUAGGAUCAUAAACAUAAUAUUUGUGUGUGUGUUUAAAGACUCUAUCAGGUAGAGAUCUUGAGUAUCAUAUCUCAGCUAACAACAGCGGACGAACAUUCAAGGAUCUCAAACACCAGGAAGUCAUCAUAACCAAGCUCGGGUUCAACCUGACUGUUACACACGGGAAAAACGAGGUCAGAAUAAAAACAACCAAAACAAACCCGUCAGAUUGAUGAAUAUAAACAUCACAGUUUUUAUUGCUGUAGCUUUAUUGUUGUUCAUUUGUCUUUUCAGAGCGUUAAGCUGGUGAACAAGCGGCAGCUGCUGGAGUGGGACAUCCCUGCUAUUAAUGGGAUCAUCCAUGUUAUCGAAGCCCCGCUCACAGCUCCACCACCCCCACCAGUAAGUACAAUGGUUUUACCCACAGCUGCUGAUAAUGGAGUGGUGUCUUCCUCUGAUUGUGAACCAGCAAAUCAUCCAGCUACAACAAAAGCUAAUAUAUCCUCAGCUGAUCAGAUUCAACAGCCACAAAACAACUAAGACAGUUUUCAUAAAAGACUCUCCCUUUUCAGUAAUUUAUGUUUUUAUUAUCAGUUUUUUACUUAUCUUUUAGAGAAUAGUCCUAUUUGGUUACACUGAAAAUGGGGGUUGCUUAAAUGUGCUCAGCUUGCCUUUACUUUUCUUUUUAAACAUGUAAGUCGUGCAACCGUAAGCGUAAGUAUCUCUGUGCCGAUCUUCUCCUCGACAGGUUUGAGUGAAAAAUUUCUCGAGUCGCAACAACGAAUCGAAAAAUUGGUAAAAAAUUAAUUAUUAAAAGUGUCCGCAAAGAAUUUCAUAUUAUCAUAUUAUUAUUUAACAUUAUUGUUAAUUCAAAUUCUGAGUUAUUUAUUAUUUGCAAAAAUAAAAUAAUAAAGUUUAUGAGUUUGAACGUUAAAUAUCUUGUCUUUGUAGUGUAUUCAAUUGAUUAUAGGUUGAAAAGGAUUUGCAAAUCAUUGUAUUCUGUUUUUAUUUACAUUUAUCACAAUUUCCCAACUUCAAUGGAAUUGGGUUUUGUAAAAACCAGUCGGACAUGCACACAACAGCGGUGUUUAUUUUAAAACAUAUCGUACUUUUGCAGCAGUUCUGAUCACAGCCAUGGGGAGGUGCUGUGAGGCUCUCUCUGCUGUGUGACAUUUCUCCUCAGGAUGAUCGCUCUGUUGUUGCCAGGCAACAGAAGAGCAGACGGCCGUGUUUAGCUAUUUGGCACAGUGUUCAGGAAAUGAUUCAAUCAGCAGAGUUAUCUCUCCGAUAACAUCAGCUCUCUGAUCAAUAUUCAUGAAGGACAUAUCGAAGCAGAUCUAAAGCCUCCAGCUUUAUAACAUCAUUAAAUCAUGCUCACCUCAGUUCCCCUCUCCCUCUAUAUGAUCUUUAUUUAACAAGUUGUUAACUUAAAACAAGGAUCUGCAUCAAACUUUGGCCUUUAAAGUUAUCUGUUCAGCACAAAAGAAUAAGCUGCAAACUGUUGAACUCUUUCUUUACCAUCUCUGCUGUCAUCUCUCCCACGUUCUGCCUAAACACAACUCAUACUUCUGUAUGCAUUUGGUAGAAACUUGGCUGUUAAAGUGAUUUAUCAGAAAUGGUUUCAUUGCAGUGGCACGACUAGAGUGUGAUACAGUGGCCCUGAAGUGCAAAACACAACGACAUUUCACAAAACACAACAACAUUUCACAAAACACAAGAACAUUUCCAAAACACAAAAGUAUCUUGCAAAAAAACACAAAAACAUCUUAAAAACACAACGACAUUUCACAAAACACAACAACAUUUCCAAAACACAAAAGUAUCUUGCAAAAAAACACAAAAACAUCUUAAAAACACAACAACAUUUCAGAAAACACAAAAACAAUUUGAAAACACAACAACAUUUCAGAAAACACAAACAUUUAGCAAAACACAAAAACAUUUGGCAAAACACAACAACAUUUUGAAAACACAAAAACAUUUCCCAAAACACAACAACAUUUCAGAAAACACAAAAACAUUUUGAAAACACAACAUUUAGGAAAACACAAAAACUGUUUCCCACGUCUAAAACAUACACUUAAGCACUGAGCUAUAUAUAUGACUGAGCAGUAAAAUGUGUAUUGUAAAAUGUAUUUUGUGUUUCACAAAAUGUGUUUUCAAAAUGUUUUUGUGUUUUGAGAAAUGUUUUUGUGUUUUGGGAAAUGUUUUUGUGUUUUGAGAAAUGUUUUUGUGUUUUCCGAAAUGUUUUUGUGUUUUCUAAAUGUUUUUGUGUUUUGAUAAAUGUUUUUGUGUUUUGAUAAAUGUUUUUGUGUUUUCUAAAUGUUUUUGUGUUUUCUAAAUGUUUUUGUGUUUUGAUAAAUGUUUUUGUGUUUUGAUAAAUGUUUUUGUGUUUUCUAAAUGUUGUGUUUUGCAAAAUGUUGUGUUCUCAAAAUGUCGUGUUUUGCAAAAUGUUUUUGUGUUCUCAAAAUGUCGUGUUUUGCAAAAUGUUUUUGUGUUUUGCGAAAUGUUUUUGUGUUUUGUGAAAUGUUGUUGUGAUUUGUGAAAUGUCAUGUUUUGCAAAAUGUUGUUGUGUUUUGCACUUCAGGGCCACCGUAGUUUAAAGAUAUUUCGUUAAAUUUGGUCAGAACAGAGACGCUGAGGAGCCUGAAGGGUUAAAACCAGGAGUGAGGUUUGAGCUCCAUCAGGUUAUCACACGUCUACUCAAGGUCAGCGGGUUCUCAACAACACUCACGGCCCAGAGUACAACAAAAACAACAACAGCACAAUGUGACGCCACUGACAAAAAAAAAAACCCCACCUGAUUAGUGACCAAACUCAUGAUAAAAACAGUAGCAAUAUUUUUUGAAACUCAAAUAACUUCUUAUAUUUACUUAUAUUUAUAGACCUAGACCCUGGUACGUUUUUUUAUUGCCGUUGGCCGAUGAUGAUCACGCACAGAGUAACAUCUCCAUGGUGACAGUGCAGUGAACUGUAGCUGUUGCCAUAGUAAUAAGAACCUAUAACUGAGAGUGUGUGUGUUUGUGUGUGUGUGAGCACUGUUACGGUAAAACGUGUAAUCGCAGUAACCAUUUCUGUCACACCUGCCUCUCCAGAUCUCUCAUCUCCCCUCCAGAAGCUACGUCCACUCCAGCGGCACGGUGUCGGCCAUCUUAGUUUCAGUGUUGCUGGCUUGUGUGUUGGGUGCACUCGGCUACUACGUCUUCAAACACAAGACUGAUGCCUUUCGCUUCCACUACUUCAGGGUGAGACACACACAUAAACACACACACAUAAACACACACACAUAAACACACACACAUAAACACACAUAUAUAUAUAAAUACACAGUAGAAUUUAUCGCUGUAAAUUUAGGGCUGGUUUCCACAAACAGCAUUUUAUUUUCACAGAGAAGCAUCAGCUGUUUGUUGUUAUUGUUGAUGCUGUCAGAUGAACACAGAUUAUCUUUGGGAACACACCUUUACUCGUCAAUGUCAUUUCUCUCAUUAACAAGAAAAGGGGCGGGACUUCUGAUCUCAGCUGUGUCACCGGCUUUAGUGGAGAAUUAGACACCACAUACAAUAUGUGGGCAGUGUCAUUAAAUUCAUCUAGACUGUUUUUUCAUGUUUAGAGCUGCUGCUAACACCAGGACUCAACUCCUUUCUGUUGUUAUAAUUUUUUUCCACAAAAAAAACCAAUAAUCCACAAACUAUACAGAUUAUGUGCACAGCCAAGGGAGUAGGUUUGAUUUUGACAUUGGUGGAGACACAAAAUUGUCCUCCUGAAAGUUUAGGCACGCGCACACACACAAACACAUGCAUGCACGCAAGCACGCACGCAUGCUAACCAACCCAAACACAAAUGUAAAUGUAAAUGACACUGCUGAAAUUAAAAUCCGUCUAAAGCUGAUGUUACCCAGGCACAAUAUGCCAAACAUGUUGACAAAUUACACUUUGCAGUUGCAGAUAACAUGCACUGUCUGCCUCCCGUCCGGUCCAAAGAGCAGGUAACUUUUACAGGCAGAUGUAGUGACACCGGGGACAGCCCAUCACAUGUACACUACAGGCCAAAAGUUUGGAAGAAAGAUCAGAUUUGUACAAAAAAAGAUCAUAGUUUCAUAUCUAUAAUAUGCAAGACAAUUAACAUGACUAUUGUGUAAAGAGUAACUUAUCAGAAGACAUUUUGACUUUAAUUAUUAGGUAUUUGAGUUAUUGUUGCUUAGACUUUGCUUUUUUUAAAGUAACCUCCUCUGGCUUUAACAACAGCUUGGCAUAUAUCAGGCAUUCGUUCCACAAGUUUUCUAAGGUUUGUUCCAGGGAUUACAUUCCAAGGUUUCUUGAGUUCAUUAAAAAGAGACGCUGAUUCGUGGGACACGUUUUUCUGACCGAUCGAUCCAAUUCAUCCCGCACAAGCUUAGUUGGAGAAAGGUCUGGAGACUGAGGGGGCCAAACCAUCUUUUGAAGAACACCUUCCUCUUCUUUUUUGUCUAAGUAACCCUGACAGAGCUUGGCAGACUGCUUAGGGUCAUUGUCUUGCUGCAAAACAAACUUAUGAGCCACAAGUCUGAGUCCAGAUGGAACAGCAUGGUGCUGGAGGAUGGAGUGGUACUGUUCCUUCUUCAUGAUACCCUUUACUUCAAACUAAUCUCCUACUCCAUCACCUGAUAAACAUCUCCAUACCAUGGAACUACCACCUCCAUGCUGAAUUGUGGGUGUAACACAUGGAGCUUUCAGACGUUCACCAGUUUGUCUGCGGACAUAGACUCUGCGUUUUGAACCAAACAGUUCAAACUUGUUUCUAGUCAUCAUAAGUUUAAUUUUUGUGAGCUUUUGCCCACUCACAUCUCUUUUUCUUGUUCUGUGGACGAAGAAGUGUUUUUUCGCAGAUACACAACCCUUCAGACCAGCCUUUCUCAAACAUCAUUUCACGGUUGUCAGAGAUAUGGGUUUCAACCUUGUCAUGUUGAUUUCCUCCCUUAUUUGUGGUGCUGUCUUUCGCCGAUCUCUCUUACUGAUGAUGAUGCUGUUUUUCUUCUGCUUUUGUAGUAACUCUCUUUCAUCUCGGCCUUUUUCUAUCAUCACAACUUCCAGGUUCCUCUAGUCUCUUCAGAGUGUAGUGGACUCCUUUGUUAAACACCUUUAGGCAUUUUGCAAUUUCUCUUUCUGUGUAUCCUUCUUUCCUCAAUGUACAAAUCUGUAUUCUGAAUUGUACUCCCUUGUACACAACAAUAAACAUAACUCAAUAGCUGAACCUAGGUAAACCAAGGGGACAGCUUUCUUAAGUAGAAGGGCACUUAAAGCUCAUUUUAUAUCGAGAAUAAGACCCUUCAAUUUUUAAUCUUGACUUUUUUAAAGAGUUUUUCCAGUAUUUUUUUUAAUUCACAGACACAGGAGAGUUUACUAUUUUACCAAUAGUUCUUUUAAAGCAGAUUUUAGAGUAAGAAGAGUUUGCUAUUCUAAUUCAUUUCUAAAUAAAAGAUGGUCGUCUAUUAUUUGACUGCUAUCAGCUAGCAAACAGUCACAUUUCUUUUAUUUCUUUUACAUAGAAUGAGGAUGAGGACGGUGCAGGUGGAAGGAAGAAGCCCACGCUGGUCUCUAUUCCCAACCCUCUCUACAGCGGCUCCAGAGCUUUUAGUGAGCCAUUCGGGGUGAGUCAACCAAUCAGAGUCCCACUGAAUGCUAAUCCCAGCAGGAGCGUCUGAGGUGCUCCGAGUCAUUUCAACAUAACAACCCGAGAUACGGUCCUAAACGGCUUUGAGACCAAAAAUCUACCUGUAACUGAAACGACAUGAGAGGUCCUGUUGUGACGGAUGUUACUUCAGUAAAAGAAGAUUUUUAAUGUGGGCUAGUUUACCACGGGUACUUUACAGUUCUUACUUUCUGAAGGUAUCAACAUGAAGCACGGUCAGUUUAACACCAUAUACUGUUGAUCAGACCACUUUGAGUGACUGGCUCUCACAGAUGAUUUUUUAUUCACUGUCAUUAUACAGAGCCUUGAACCUCUUUCACUCUGCUGCCCAGAGCUCACCCUCUCCACUUAUUCCAAUCAUGAAAAGGCGGCAGAGUGAAGCGUUUAGAGGAACUGCCACCUUUUUUCCCUCUACCACACAGAGUUAACCGUUAUGAACCUUCUCCAUCUGUUAGUUCCUGGCUUUGGCCAAUCAAGCGAUCGGAGCAUUUUUGACAAUAAGAGAGAAGCACAGCUGUUCACAAAGACGGCAAAAGUUCACAACACAUCGAUCUGUGGAUGAAGUUAUUGACGACUGUAUGACAAGAGAAUACUCAAAGCUACUUCCUGUGUUGUUGAUGUCUUAGCUGUAGCGUAGUCAUGGGGCCGUAUAAGAGGAUGAAUCUCUGUUCAUCCUCCUAUACGGCUUCUUUUCUCAGUUUGUCAUCCUCAAGUUUGUUUUCCACCAUUAUGGAAAAUAACCCAACAAACAAACAAACAAACGGUCCCCUUUGUUGAAGAAAAAGAUGCUUUCAUGGAACUGAAAAAGGCUGUUCCAUCACUCCCCUUGAAGCGUUUUCAAAAACAGUCAUUUUAGCGCUCAGAAGAGAAGCUGCUGGUCGACUGCUGGGAGCUAAAAUGACUGUUUUAGUUAAUGGAGUCUGCCGGCUUUGAAAAGAGCGGCGUAACAGCUGUUUGUAGAGUCAAAUUCAGGUUUGUCUCUGUGCGUCAACUUUCUGUAGGAUUUCUCAACUGCUGACAGCUGACCAAUGUUUUUGUCAGACACUCAAAGCACCUGCCUGGCACCACAGCUUUUGACUUUCAGGGUCAGCAGGUGAUUUAAAAAACUAGUUGCAGACAAUUACUAGGGCGUAAUAAACAUAAUCCAACCUAAUCCCAAACUGGCUUUGUGUUAUCGUCCCCACCACCAUCUAGUGGUCAUCUUUCUUGCUCUCUUUCCACAGGAUGCAGGUCCAGGGACAGACCCAGCAGAGCCGGAAGAACCUCCAAAGAUUCUGGACCUGAUCCAGUAGAAGCAAUAAGACUGUAAAUGUCUGUUUACACACCACUUUGACCCGCUGCCGGUCUCAUGGUCAGCUGGUUAGUCAAGCUUUACUCAUCGCUUUGUUUCUGAAUUUAAAAAGCUGUUUACCAGAUUUUUGUCUUUGAAGGGAAAUAAAAUCAGUAUUUUUCUUAUCCUUUC